AUGGUUUCUUACAUAAUGCUUACCAGUUAUUUUUUUUUUAUUUUUUUUUUAGGAGAUGGAAUAGACACAUAUGAAAAACAAUUUUCAGAACUUCAGCAAAGGUUGUUUCGUGCAGAACAAGAAAAUCAAAAGAGAUCUCGAGAUUUAAGCACUGUUCUUGAUGAAAUAAAGCAAGCAGUGGCAGAGAAAAGAUAUGCAUUUGAGAAUCACACAGGUAGUAGCGAUUUGAUAUUUGUAUUCCUUGUAUAUAGACGUAUAAGCGUUUGAUAGCUCAAAUGUGUGCCGUAUUGGAGAUCAUAAAGCACUAAAGGGUUACUACGAUGUACUUGAGGGACAGCCAGAGUUUUUCUACAUUAAGUACACCUGUGAACAAGAGCAAUAUGUAUUGAUGGCGUUUGGAAACUAAUUAUAUUUAAAGGAGAAUGCCAAGCACCAUAACGAUUACAGCAUGCCAUAGUACUUAUGGUGCCAGGAAUGCCCUGACCCCCUCUUGGGAGAAGAGGGGGAUUAAACAUACAUGGGCUCCACCAGGUCAUCUGCCCCUCUAAAUUCACAAGCUUUGUCCACUGAGUCUAGUAGUGCAGGGCAGAGUGAUUAGUUGAUGCUCUGUCAGUGACCUGUUCCUGUACUGGGUGGCUUAGCUCGAUGGAACUAAUGGAAGAAAAUGUUUUGUCCCUGGAGCAUAGUGGUGGGAUCUAUUAUUUGUGUAUCUUUUGGAUCUUGAAGAGCUUAAAUAUAUAGACUCAGUGAUAAGGGGUAUAGCAAUUAAGAUUGGGUAGGAAAUGUGUCCAUUUUGUUGAUUUGCUGUUGGAUAUAUUCCUCUAAAUGAAAAUGUAUCCUGAGCUUGACCACAACAAUCCUGCCGUUAGGCAUGUGGUCUCUAUGUGCAUAGGGGGCAAUAAUUUAUUGUCACCAGUUUGGCCAGGCCACUCAUGUCAAGGGCUUACAGAAUGUGUCACGGUUAUGUUACUUGUGCUAAAACCACGUCAAGGACUGUAAUUUUCCUUGUAGACCUUCACUCCUUUACAUUUUGUCAUCUCUCAUUUGCAGUUUAAUAAUUACACCUCUUCCUAUUUGCACCUUAUUGUCCACCUCUAUAUUUCCCCUAUGAUUUUCACUUUCAUUUGUGGUUAUCCGCUUCUCUUCCCUUUCUCGUUUUGUCGUAUAACUUUUUUCAUACCAUUAGGUGUGGACAUUUUAUAAUGAGUGUGUGUAUACACAGUAAAGAUGUGAUAACCUCUGCAGCUACUAAACAUCUGCCCCUUUAUGCCUACUCCUUCCUUGCCACUGCCAGUGCUGGACUUUGACCAGUCAAACAAUUCUUGUAGUGAAGCAUUGAUGAUAAAUCUCCCCUCCAAAGUUUCUAACAGAGAUUGAUGGUUUUAUCUUGAUUUUGGAACUAUAGCUGCGAUAGCUGCUGUGGGCUGCUCUAAUCCAGUGCAGAUUCACGCUCACAGGUGCUGGGAGGAAGUGAUCUGUGAUCACUUCUUUGAAGUGCUGCAAUGUGUGUAUUGAGAAUUGCCUGUCACCACCUGCAAUCACCGGUUAGGUUGUACUAGCAAAUAUCUGAUGUCUCACUGGAAGUCCUGAUGGCUCAGAGCCUGUUUGGCUCUAUCAGCCUUGAGUACCGUGCAAAGACAGCUAGAGUGCCAUAGGUUGCUGACCUCUGGUAUUGCCAGUGUUUCAAGCACAAACUCUGUUCAUACAAACUGCUUGCUCUGACAACUUCCAAUAGCAGUAGUGAUCAUGGAGGCUGGUAACUCUUAAAGCAUGAUUUUAUUUUUAUUUUUUGUAUGUGCACAUUGAAAUGGUGACUUGCGCAGUAUAGUUAUUGUAGACAAAAAUUCUUAUGUUCAGCCAACUACGGUAUGGAUAACUUGGUUACAUAAAACUAAACCUAGAAUUGAAAACUUAGUCAUGUUCUGGCCAUGUAAUCAUAGUUGCAUAUUCUGUGUAAUAUAUGUGUAGCAAACUCGCCCCUUUAACGGAGUUUGCCAUGUAUUCUUGGAGGGGGAUGCUGGCCCACCUCCUACCCAGUGAUUAUGGUCCCGAGAAGAUGUGGCCCUUUAAGUACAAUAUUUGGGCAUAUUGGAUUUGUAUGGUGCUGCUAGCCCUUUAAGAACCAUUUUGGGGCAUGGCUAAAAUUUGGGACAGAGCCCCUAUAAAUCUAUGUCCCCAGACUUUGGAAAUAACUUUUAAAUGGCUUUUUCCCUUAUGGUUCGGUAAUUUGGGCUUACCGAUCCAUUCACUGCACAGGUGGACCACACAGAACUGGAAGUGUGCAGGCAAUUUACCUCCCAGGCUGGGAGCCUGCUGUAGGUAAAUUGCCGAACGCUGGGGGGCCGCCGUUCGCGCAAACGAACACGUGGUGGCGGCCAUCUUUUUUUAUUCAAUGCGGUCAGCGGUGUGUGUAGCCAAAUUCAUGGAACUGAAAUUGGCUACACAGUUCCGCGAACACGGCUGAGCCUUACCUUCUCCCACAAUGAUUUUGCAGCAGCAGAGACUGCUGCAAAAUCAUGGGACUUCGUAGUUUUUUCAGCCUGAAAUAGACCGACCGCACAGCCCAAAUCUAUGGAACUGUUUUGGGCAUGAAAAAAUGUGCUUGCGGUCGGUCAAAAAGGGACCUCCAGCUAACUUUUUAACCCCUGGAUGGAAUUGGCUGAAUUUUGGAUAUGUUUAUAAUUAAAGUGUGCUGAGUUUGUUUGUGGCAUGUAUAUUUUUGAAGUUAUGAAUUUUGUAAAAACUGUAUUUCUCUGCCUGUGAUAAUUAUAUUAACCGUUGUGUUCAGUAAUCAUAUCACAGGCAGAGGGGAGGAUUUUGUGUGGGAGUGUCUGUGUGUACUGUACGGAUUGAUUGGUUGUAUUUCAAAACCCUGUGGACAGUACUAUGUUUGUGGAUUGUGAAUAAAAGAGGCUGUAUGUGCCAGUACAGACAGUUCUACUUCACCCUCAAUUUGGAGUGCUGUCUCUUAUUGGGGGAAUCUGCUACAAGGGAUUGCUAUGCUUGUCAUACUCCCUUGCUAAAUCACUACUAAGCUCUUGUAAGAGCUGGUUCCUGCCUUACUCUCUGGAGGAGUCUACGGUGGUUAUGGUGUCGGCUGGAGUGUUUGGAGCCCUCAGGAAGCGCUAGGAGCAUCCAUCAACGCAGGUACCCAGUCGGGGUGCCAGGUGAUCCGUUACAAUAUGUGUAUUUGUGAACCAUCUGUCUUUAUAUAAAAUAGUGUAUGUGUAUGUGUGUGUAAGUACUAGUAAAUAUUAGAGCACUUGAAAUACUAGUUGUUUGAACUUCACCACAUGUUGUGUAUUCCUGAGAACUUGAACAGGAUACAAAUCAAACUUUAAUUUUCAUUUCUUUUGUUUAUUCCUCGGGGCAUACUUGUUUCUCCCCUUGUCAUGGCUAGAAGAGCAAACACUGCUUUGAGAAACUAAGUACAUACUGUUGUAAGCAUGAGGUUAAUGCUAGACUAAUAAUAAACUAUGAUACGAUUGACAUACUAAUCAGUUUUGUACGUGACCGAUUAUAUAUAACAGUAGAAAUAUCUGCCCUUUGAAAAUUGUUCCUCAACGUUUUAUGGUUUGAAGUAGAACACUGGUAAUAAAAAAAGAUCACACGCAAUAAAUUCUGGGUCCUGACCUGUUAUUUGACAAUUGGAGUUUCUCAAUGUCUGACAGCUGUUCAGUUCACCAAUCUGUGAGUAAAUGUAAAUAACAAGUUUUCCCUGCACAACAAUGCAUUGCCAUUUACAUUGUAGCCAGUGGUUUUGUACCAGUAUACUGUACGUGUCCACAAACCAUAUUUAAAAAAAAUUCUAAAUUAAAUAUAUUAAAAUGAAAAAAAAUCUACAUAGUUUUACAGCAAUUGUUCUCAAAGAUGCAUAUUCAAUUUUCAUACAGAGUCAACAAUGAGAAUGGCAAUUUUUCAGGAUGGGUCCAAGCUUGUGCAGAUUUAUUUCAUGUGUAUGUUUGUCUUGUUGUCAGUCAUACAAAGUGCUUUUUGAUAUUUAAUUGUCUGCCUUAUCAGUCUUGUGAAAGAUCACUGCAUUGCUUUAAGAAAAACAUGCAUUAUUUAUCACGUCGUCUUAGAUCAUUCCUGCUUUUUUGAGUGGUUGUGUUUUUGUUUUGUUUUUCCCCAUGUUUGUUUUGUAGAUUUGCAAAAAGGCCAAAGGACUUUAUAUCAUUACCUUCUUUCUCUCAGAGGAAAUAUAAAUUCCUCACCAGCUCUACACAGUUGUUCACCAAUUCUAUUCUAUAGUGUGACUUUUUUUUUUUUUUUUAAAUAAAUGUAUAACAAACAUUACUGAGAGAUGGGGGAAAAAAAAAUAAAAAUAAAAAAAUAAAAAAUAAAUAAAUAUAUAUAUAUAUAUAUAUAACUCUCUAGCAAUUGGUAUAAAUUAUUUACUCAAAUUGUUAAAUUGAUUACCUUUUUUUUUUUUCCUCUUGCAGUUGAAGAGAUAAAAUGGAAAGUAUUGAACAUGUCCAGCAAGUUACCAAUGCAGUUUUCCAAUAUCUACAUGUUCCUUCCUCACCUACUGGGGCACGAAGAUAAUCUGCAGCCGAAUGUCCUUUACGGACAUGGAAGAACAGGGGGUGAGGAUAUAAGGUUCCAUAUGCUGAUCAAAAACAUGCUUGAAGUUUGUACAUUUUGGCAACAGUCCAGAUCCACAGCUACCACAAUGCACCUUAUGACAGACAGUAUUAUGGAAAUUGCCUUUUAUAACAUCUGGGAAACAACCUUUUAAGCCCCUCAUACUAAAAUAUAUACAUUAAUUUGGGGGGGGGGCAGCAUUUUUAUAUAUUUUCGAGUUAAUAACAAACUGACUUGUAGAGCCACAACAGCACGUCCACGUAACAUAUGACAUAUGCAAUACAAGACAUCCUGGUGUUACAAUUCGCUCAAUUUAAUAAUACCGGCUGAUAGGUUAUAGCGAGGUGUGAUGGCUAGAUUUAGGGGGAGUAUGGGCCAUUCGUCUAGGGGAGUAUAUCAGCACUCCACCUGAUAAACCGUAAAGAUGCCUGAGUUGCGGUGGUUAAGUGUUUUCUAUGAGUGUAGUCUAGUCUGAGUAGCGAUCUGUAAGUGUGUCACUGUUGGGUUUUAUGUAGUGAUCAGGUCACUGGAGGUUAUUGGUGUUGGCUUCAGUUUACAGUGUGCUGUUUUCUAGCGAAUGUUGCUUCAAUUAAGCUGGAAUAGGUCCGAUGGUGAAGUGUAGUCGUUUUGUGAGAUUCUAGGUGUAUAUGUUAGUUCAUGUAGGAGUUUGGGUGCAUUAUAUAGACUAUCUAGGCCGGUAGGGUGCCAGCAUGAGGGGGGGAUUUCUCUAUUUGAUUGCGUGGUGCAAUUUAGGGAGGUUGGGCUCCUAUGCAGGUUGUACUAUUACCCCAGGAUGAUGAGGGGUGGGAGGAGGAGAUUUUAUAUCUUCGGAGCAUAGAGGCAUGUUGGUAGGGUGUGCCGUCUUGUGUGUGGUGAGCCUGUGAAGUGUGUGUGUGUGUUUUGCAACGUAACGGGUAAGGUGGUCAUAGUUAACCACAAUGGAGGAAUACAAUAUGUGAGCAUGUCAUUGUGGUCCUAUUGAGAGCCUUAUGUAGCCGGUUGGAGUUGGCUCAGGUCUUCGCUCCCCUCUUCUCUCUGGGUGCAAAGUUCGCCGCAGUGCAUGCGGUUUGGGGUUGGGGGCUACGUUGUUGCGUUAAGUUCUCGGUAUGCUGGAGUCCCAGCAUCGCCAGCAGAGCUGGGCCAUCCUUGGAGUCAGUGGCCUUGAAAUGUUGUCCAACUUUUGUUACCCAGAGCGUCCCUAGUGUCGCCCAUUUGUAAGAGAUUCCUGCUGCGUGGAGUGUUUUUGGUUAAGGAUUGCAUAGUUUUGCCCUGCUUAAGUCCCGAAAAAAGGAAAGUUUGCAUGUUUCAAAGUCAUAGGGUGCAUUUUCUUGUAAUGCAGCUAGCAGUCCCAACUUUAGAGAUUCUGUAUACCCCGUUGAAUCCAAAGGUUUUGGCCUGUCUCUUUAUAAUAUUUCAACAAAUAAAAAGGGUUUGUGUAAAUAAUAUCUGUAUGUACAACAUUUUAGUAUUUUUUUUUUCUUUUGCAACCAUAGAGGUGUUACUGAACAUUUUGUUACUGAUAUUAAAUCUAAUAUUUGUGUGUGUAUGAUAGGCAGUAGACGUGUGCAAUUCGUUUCGGUCCGAAUGUGAAUUCGGACAAAUUUUGGGCAAUUCAGACAUUCGGGUACCUCCGAGUGUCCGAAUAGAUGACUUGCCGAAUGGUUGAAGUCCUGAAAUUCCUAAAGUUCCCGAAGUUUCCGAAGCACAGUAUUGCCUAAGAACUAAUAAACUUACCCAGUGAAAGAAUGAAGAAUGUUACUGUAUACAAUUUUAAAUAAAAAGUAUGCAAACAUAGCCAGGAUUCAGCUGUAAGCAUUUGCAACACUUACAACAAUCAAGUAACAUACAUUCAUAUAAAAUAUAAGUUACUUAGCCAGUGAGUGUAAUGGCAGGAAUGAAUAAGUAGAUAACUCCCUAAUUCCCACAGUAUUAGGGAGCGAUCUACUAAAAGGCUGAAAGACUUAAAUUGGUCUUUCAGCCAAAUUUACUAAUACUAAGUAAAGAUUACUUAGUAUUAGUAAAUUAUGCCCCUACUCGCUAUACUGCGAGUAUGGGCAUGUUUAUUAAACAGUGAGCAGCCUAAAUAAAAAAAAGUCUCCCCCACCCAUGCUGCGCAAGUGGGGACCUCUAACCUGAAGGGGGGGACAUAUUGCACCCCGGCCCUACAGUAAAAAUAGGGGGGGGGACAUAAUGUCCUCCCCCCUGGCCCCCACCCUUGAGUGACGAGUGGGGGCCCUAAAUACCAAUUGGUGGGACGGGGGACCUAUUGUCCUCCCCCCCCACCCCUGAGUGGCGGGUGGGGACCCUAAAUAAAAAUGUUACCCCCCCAGGUGACUAGGGGUCCCCAAACCUCUAGUUGCCCCCUCAUCCCCCCAAAAAAAUUAACCAACUACCUCCCUCCCUCACCCUUAAAAUUAUGACGGGGAGACCUUUAACUAAGUACCUGUAAAAUAAAUAAAUAAAACUUACCAUUCAAUGUUUUCUUUCUUCUAAAAUCUUUUUUCAGCCCCAAUAAAGGCCAAAUAAAAAAUCCAUAAUAACAGACGCAAUUUUAAUAAAAAAAAAGAAAAAAAAUUAUCCAUCUUCACCCGGCGAGGGCUCCACGCAGACUGAGCUCUGCAGGGCGGAGGAAGGCAUGCCCCGCCCUGCAAUUAGGCUCAGAGCACGAUUGGUGGGUUUAAGCCACUUAUAAGUAUUUAGGGCCCCCACCCGCCGCUCUGGGGUGGGGGCUAAGGGGGAGGACAUUAGAUCCCUCCCCCCCUUAUUAGUAUUUAGGGCCCCCACCUACCGCUCAGGGGUGGGGGCCAGGGGGGAGGACAUUAGGUCCCCCCCUUAUUUUACUGUAGGGCCAGGGGGGUGGGGGCCAGGGGGGAGGACAUUAGGUCCCCCCCCUUAUUUUACUGUAGGGCCACCACCCGCUGUUUUAGUUUAAAAGCCCACAUUUGCAAGGGGGAACCCUAUUUUUUUUUUUUUUUUAACAGUGAGCAGCCACAGGCUGCUCACUGUUUACUAGAGAUAUCCCUACUUGCGGUAUAGCGAGUAGGGGCAAAAUUUACAAAUACCAAGUAAUUUUUACUUAGUAUUAGUAAAUUUGGUUGAAAGACCAGUUUAGGUCUUUCAGCCUUUUGGUAGAUAACUCCCUAAUACUGUGGGGAAUUAGGGGGUUAACUACGAUGCAGCUGCAAGAGAAGCGUCGAAGUGCUGAAUUGCGGAUGUCCCGAAUUUCGGAAAGACCGAACCGAAAAUUUUCCCCAUGCUCAUGCCUAAUAGGCAGCACAUGGGUGUACAGGCAUGGGCAAGUAAUGUUCUGGCUACACCAGCAUGUGAAAUAGUGUAAACUUGCAUCUGUAAGUAGUGGUAACAGAAUUGCUAGAAAAUGUUUAGAUUUGUUUAAAAAUAGUAACUCUCCUCACUCAUCUGUCAAUUCUUGGCAUAUAGGUGUUUAGGCUUCUAUCAUAAGGUGAAUGCAGAGCAUUCCUGGAUUGGUCACUGGGCAAACAAUGCAAAUGUGUACCACACUUGUCAUGUGCCAAACACUGACUUAGCCUUUUAAAAUGUCUUGGGUUGAAGGCCGAAGGGGAUCUCCCCGACUGAUCUUAAUCAGCCCGCUGUUGCUUGCCGUUUCCCACCCAUUGUGCUCAACAUGUGGCAAUAAGGGAGAGCAGGGAAUUUAAAGGGACACUAUAGUCAACAGGACAACUACAGCUUAUUGCUUUUGUUCUGGUGAGUAUAAUCAUCUCCUUCAGGCUUUUUGCUGUUUUAAGAGAAAAUGCAGUGUUUACAUUACAGCCCAGUGAUAACACCACUGGCCACUCAGAUGGCUGCUAGAGCUGCUUCCUAUCUCAGUCUUGCCUAGUGUGCAUCACAACGUUUAGUGUCUCCGCCCUCUGCAUGCAGACACUGAACUUUCCUCAUAGAGAUUCAUUGAUUCAAUUCAUCUCUGUGAGGAGAUGCUGAUUGGCCAGGGCUGUGUUUGAUUUGUGCUGGCUCUGCCCCUGAUCUGCUUCCUUCACAAUCUUAGCCAAUCCUAUGGGGAGGCAUUGUGAUUGGCUCAGAAUAACACUUCUGAUGUCAGCAGACGGGGGCAGAGCCAGCAGCUUCAGGCUUGAAUACAAGUAAGGAGGGAGGCAAGAGAGGACCUGGGGGGCUAGAUGGUGGUUUUAACCCUAUAGUGCUCAUUUAAAUGUAUUUUAGAGGGGCCAAGCUGGUUUGGCCAGCCUGACCCAGAAAGUAUCGUAGAUGCUCUUUCUGUUGCUGACCAGAUUUUAUUCCAAGAAUUGACUGGCUGGAGAGAGUAGAAGAGUUCCUACAGGCAGUAAUCUUGUAUCUUUUGCAGCAAGCAUGUCAAACUCGUGGCCCAUGGGCCGCAUGCAGCCCACAAUGAAUAUUUUUGUGGCCCAGCGAGCCACGAGUUUGCCAUGCUUGCCAUGCAUGCCAUGCUUGCGAAAGCAGAGUAGGCACCUGCUCUCCCCACAUUGCAGUUGCCUAAAAUUACCCGGCCGGGAUGGAGAUAAACCUGGCGGCAGCGAGGGAGCUGUGUCUUCCUGCUCCCUUGCGCGCGUCCUCUGUAUCAUUCUGGCACCCGGCAUCCCUAAACUGCGCGCGUGAGGAGCAGGAAGACUGAGUUUCCAAGAGGGAAAGAUCAGGGAGAGGCCCUACACCAGCUCCCCAAGGUAGGGAGCAAUAAAUAAAAUUGUGUGUUGAUCAGUGUUGGGAUGUCUGCGGCCUGGACAGAGGAGGACCUGGAGGUGCACGGAGGCACGAAACUCCACGUCCAGGGCCAGAUUAAGAGCCCAGUGUGCCUGGUGCUGACAAUUAUGAUAGGGCCUAAUUACAGAAUCUUAUCGACCAAAAACACUAGAACAGUCAUACCUCUAAAGCGUCAUGUAUCUGAUGGAGUUGGUGUUGGAGGGAAACUCAAAGGAUGCAGCUAUAAGAAUACACAUACUCUAUGCUAAUCUCUCUCUAAUUUAUGCUUUCAUCUUUCAAGUAAAUCCAUACCCCCUAACAGUAGUGUCCAGUGAAGCCGGAAGUCAAUGGGCGGGGUAAAAGGGUGGACCACUGAUGCGAAUCACGUGACCAGAACUGCAAAAGGGGCAAACAUGCCCAAAAAGGGGGCAUGUUUGUCAAAAGAAUUGGAAGGCCAGCAUGGCAUCAGUGUCCCUAUGUAUCACAGUGUCAGUGUCCCCAUGUUGCCCAGUCCCCUAGUCUCGCAGUGUCUGUCCCCAUUUCUCCCAGUGUCCCCAUGUCUGUGUCCUGUGUCACUAGGAUACUAGGGGACACAGAGACUUGGGGACACUGGGAGACAUGGGGGCACUUGUGGAUACAGACAUGGGGACACUGGUAGACAUGUGGAUACAGACAUGGGGACACAGACAUUUGGGGACACUUGGAGACAUGGGGUCAUAGACACUAGGGAGACAUGGGGACACAGACAUUUGGGGAAACUGACACUAGGGUCACUGAGAGACAUGGGAACACAGGCAAUGGGAGACUAGGGGACACAGACACACGGGGCACUUGUAGACAUAGACAUGGGGACACUAGGGACACAGACACUGGGAGACAUGGGGACACUGACACACUAGGGACACUGGGAGACAUGGGGACACUGGGAGACAUGGGGACACAGACGUUUGUGGACACUGGAUGGGAGACAUGGGGACACUAGGAGACAUGGAGACACUGUGUCCCAAUGUGUCUCAGCGUUCCCCAUGUCUCAGUGUCUCAAUGUGUCCCCAAGUGUCUUAGUGUCCCCAUGUCUCCCUGCUGCCUUUCCCUCCAUCUCUCACAUACCUGAGCUGUAGGCUGUCUCUGCAGGCUGGGAGCUGCUGUCUGGACUCUCUGUGCUGUAACUUCCUAUCCCUGCCUCUCUCCAUACACAGUGACCCCUACUGGCCGGUGCUGGUAAUGCAGAGUAAUCUCCGUUUAUACUGAGAAAAAUAUUUGCAUUUGUAUUGCCGGUAUUACUGCAAUGACGUCACAGCCAGGCAGCCUCAAAUAGCAGCUUUGCCUUAAAAUACCAGUCAGAUGGCAAACCUAGGAGUAGUGUGGGUAAAAAAAUAUAUAUAUAUAUAUAUAUAUAUAUAUAUAAAACAAAAGUAGUAAUGCACUCCACCUUCCUUGAUGUACUUGCCCGGUGCUUAUCAGCAAACAGAUACAGCCAAAAGUACAAGAUAGCACUCCAGGGACUUCCAAGUUGAAUGAAUAAAACUUAGCUUUUAUUAGCUCAAAAUAAAAAUCAGCGUUUCAGUCUGUAAGACUUUCAUCAGAGAUCUGAUGAAAGUCUGUGAUACAGACUAACUUGAAAUUUUAGUUGACUAAUAAAACUAUUCAUUUAAAAUACUAUUUGUACCUAUAUAUAUAUAUAUAUAUAUAUAUAUAUAUAUAUAUAUACACUUUUUUUUUUUUUUUUUUUUAAUGGGCCUAUUCCAUCGGCUUGGUUUACGUGAAGUCUUAGGGCACCUAAUAACCUCCUAAAUUUGGUUGUGUGAAUUACAUUAUGUAGAUUUGUUUAAUCCAACAACAAUAAUCUACAAUUCUUCAUUAUUCUAAAGAAACCUUAAUUGCAGAAUGAAGGAUUGCAGUAUCAAUCUCAGAUAUUCAGGUCUAAUCCAAAAAACAGACAUUCUGCUAAUUUAAUUUGUAAAUUUUACAGGCAAUGGCUUAUAUUGUAUACAUUGUCAUUAAGAGGAUUCAUUCAACUGUCAGCUUGUUAAAAGCUGUUUUGAGAAUCAAAAACUGGAUUGUAUUUGGUUGUUCUAGAUGUGCUACUGUACAAGAUAUGGUCAACCCAGAUUCUUUGGCACCGUAUAUUCUUUCAUUUGAAAAAUGUGUACCUUCCCCUCUUCGUUUGACUUUUUACAAAAAGGCCAAGCUAAAGGGGAUCAUAGAUUUGGCAUUUGUCAUGGUGCUGUGCUAAACCUCAACUGCCUGCGUUUGACAGACCAGAGGAAAGACAACUGUAAUAAAAAGGUAUAUUCUAAUAAUUAGCACAUUAGUUGCGCAGAUCAUAGAAAAUUCUGAUUUCUGCAUUAAAGGGGACACUAAAAAAAACAAAACGAUCACCCUGGCGAUGACUUGAAUUGCUUCCCUGCACACUUCUAAAUCAAUAUAUACAAAAGGAGAAGCUUAAAAAGUAAACCUAUUUUACAGACAUUCUUGCCUCCUGCCCUAUUAAUUACCUGCUAGAGUUUGCACUGGUUUGCUGUGUGUAAUUAAAAUUUUGUUUACAGAGCAGUAGAUAAUGUGUUUUAAAAUGGGUUUGAAAAUUUAAUUAAAAAUUGUAUUUAUAUAUUUGUCAUGGUGUGACCUACGGCCAUAUUAACAAAGAUAUUUAACUCCUAAGUGGCAGAGAAUUGAGCAGUGCGACAAGAGGCAUGAUCUGUAUACCAAAACCACUUUAUUAAGCUAAUGUUGUUUUGGUGUUUAGAGAAUGCCUUUAAUGGACAUGUUUCCUGUAGCUGAGACCAACACAGGGCCAUACUGGCCCACCAGGAUACCGUGAAAUUUCAUGGUGGCCCGGGGGAACUGGGGCUGCACAGUACAGCAGCCCUUCCUCGACCCACCCAGUACACACACUUACAUUCGGGGCCUUAAGAGUUAAGGUCCCUUCUUACCUCUGGAAGGCACUUUACUUUAUCCACUCGCGAGCAUCAAGUGCUGGAAAACUAAGUUUUAAUGCUACUCCCGAGUGAGACAAUAUGAGCAGAGAGCUAGCAGGAGCCUGGAAUAAAUGCAGGGAGGAUGGCAGUCCUGGUUCCUGCCUGACAGCCUUCACACACAGGAAGCAUGUGACCUAGCAAUCAGGCACAGCAGGGCAGCCCACACGGGUCUUCUGAAGUUUCGCUUCCUGUGUGUACAAUGCGGUCAGGCAGGUUGCUGGGAAGGAGCAAGGUGUGCUCAGUUGGCAGUAGCACCCAGGUAUUUCAUGUUCAUUUUACUGUUUCUUGAGUGUGUUUGGUGUGUAUUUUUUAAUUGUGUUUGUGUGUCGGUAUGGAUUGCGCUGUGUGUGUUUGUGUGUCGGUAUGGAUUGCGGUGUGUGUGUUUGUGUGUCGGUAUGGAUUGCGCUGUGUGUGUUUGUGUGUCGGUAUGGAUUGCGCUGUGUGUGUUUGUGUGUCGGUAUGGAUUGCGCUGUGUGUGUUUGUGUGUCGGUAUGGAUUGCGCUGUGUCUGUGUGUGUCGGUAUGGAUUGCGCUGUGUCUGUGUGUGUCAGUAUGGAUUGCGCUGUCUGUGUGUCGGUAUUGAUUGCGCUGUGUCGGUAUGGAUUGCGCUGUCUGUGUGUGUGUCGGUAUGGAUUGCGCUGUGUCUGUGUGUGUGUGUGUGGGGUAUGGAUUGCUGUGUCUGUGUGGGGUAUGGAUUGCUGUGUCUGUGUGUGUGUCGGUAUGGAUUGUGUCUGUGUGUGUGUGUGUGUCGGUAUGGAUUGCGUGUGUCUGUGUGUGUGUGUGUGUGUGGUGUGGUGUCUGUGUGUGUGUGUCGGUAUGGAUUGCGCUGUGUGUGUGUGGGGUAUGGUGUCUGUGUGUGUGUGUCGGUAUGGAUUGCGCUGUGUGUGUGUGUGUGUCGGUAUGGAUUGCGCUCUGUGUGUGUGUGUGUCGGUAUGGAUCGCACAGUGUGCAGGGAUGUAUUUACCACAAGGCAAACAAGGCAUUUACCUAGGGCGGCACUUUCGGGGGGGCGCCAAAAAUGCCAUCCCAAGCUUUCCUUGUGUUCUGGGGCUGUCCACCUUACUGUGAGUGUAGCUGUCAGUGUGUGUCUGUGAGUGAGUGAAAGUGUGUGUGUCUUGCAGUGAGAAUGGGUGUGCCUGUGAGUGUGUGUCAGUGUGUGUGUCAUUUUAUGUGUAUCUGAGAGAGUGUGCCUGAGUGGGUGUGUCAUUGUGUGUCUGUCAGUGAAGUGUGUGUUGGUUAAACAGUGUGUGUACUUAUGACUGUAUGUGUGUGCCAAUGACUGUGUAUCUGUCAGUGAGUGUAUAUCAGUGCAUGUAUCAAUGAGGGAAUGUGUCUCUCAGUCAAAAAAGUGGCCUUUACUCGAAUUGGGGGGUCAAAUUUAGAUUUUGGGGGUCCCCGAAUUUAGUCGUGCCUAGGGCAGCACAAAUCCAAAAUACACCACUGGCUGUGUGUGCGCUGUGUGUGUCGGUAUGGAUUGCGCUGUGUGUGUCGGUAUGGAUUGCGCUGUGUGUGUCGGUAUGGAUCGUGCUGUGUCCAUCCGGCGGUAUGGAUCGCACUGUGUCCAUCUGGCAGUAUGGACAAACGUAAUCUUAUAAAUGUUUAAAAUAUAUAUAUUUUUUAUUCUGAAGAAGGUCCCUGUGUGGACCGAAACGUCGAUUUUUGUUACUAGAUGAAAUAACUUUUGCAUUAGAAGACAGUGAGUGCAGCCCAUUCUUUCACUAUUUAGGUGAAUAUAAACAUCCCCAUAGGACUGGCACCCGGCAAGUAAAUGUAUUAAAUGUAUUAUUUUUCUAUAUAUGAACAUAGCGCGUGAGUGCAAGGAACCCAUUAAUUUAUUUAUAUAUAUAUAUAUAUAUAUAUAUAUAUAUAUAUAUAUAUAUAUUUAUAAAUAUGUGUGUGUGUAUUAUAUACAUUUGGAAAUUAUGCACAUGUAUAUAAAAUGUAACAAGGGUUUCACAUUUGUCAAAGGGUUAUUGACAAAUUCAUUUAUGUUAGGAAAUGAAAAUUUAAAUUGUAUAGUUUAGACCAAAAUAGCCAAUAGUAAAAAUCCAAGUUCACUACAGUUUGACCAUUGUAUCAUAAUUUUUGGAAUUUUGAUUUUAAUCCACAAAAAAUAUUAGUUUAGUGGAUAAUCCUGCCAUUCUCCUAGUCUUUCAGUGAGUGCACUCAUUUGAGGACUAAACAAAAUAACAUUUAUUUAAAUCAGACAAGCAGCAGCAUCUAGUCAAUGUUUUACUCCCAUUACUGGACUAUUCAAGGUUAUGGGGAUGAAACAUUGAUGUAAGAUGUUGCAUAUCUGAUUAGAAUAACACCUUUGCGACGCAUGACACAAAUUUUCGUCCUGCUUGUCCUACUGUUAAGGACACAUGACGACAAAUGUCCGUCAUUUACUAAAGUUAACCCCUGAUUGCAGGUCUGCCUCGGUAUCGUGCCGUCCCUGCAGCUGUGAUUGCUCAGACAGCCUGCCAGAGCCAUUUUUCUGCUAGCUUGUACCAUGUUAGUGGUAAUAAGCCUUUUUUUCCUUCCUUUUUGACACAUAAGUGCUACGGCUGUAUAAUAAUUUAUAUGUUGCUCAGCUAUGUCGUCUGAGCACAACAAUACCCCCGUAUGUACUAGACAUGCAAUUUGUUUUGUUACGAAUGCAAAUUCUGACAAAUUUCAGAAAUUCUGACAUUCUGAUGCUUCCAAAUGUCAGAAGUGCCGAAUUUCGGAAGUGCUUUGGAUUUCUGAAAAGUGGCAAAAUAAGAGAGAUUUGGGGUUGGGAUAGGCUUAGUGGUUGAGGUAGGGUAGACUUAGUGGUUAUGGUUGGGGUAACCCUACCUCUAACCCGAACCCUUCCCCUGCUUGAAGUCCUGAAUUUCAGAAUGCCAAACCGAAUAUUUUUCCCAUGCACAUCCCUAGUAUGCAAGGUAUAUGUGGGCAUUGAAGGGGCACAUUUGAGACACACAGCCUUUCCAGUUUUUUUUCAAAGUUGGAAUUUCUGCACAGUGUUAUCAAAUUAAAGCCCUUCUUUCCCUCUAAAAAUUGGUAUAUAAAACAUGUGUUUGUGCAAUAAAUGAGAGCUGCAAAUUGCAAAAAAUGCAAAAUGGCUUGUGUCCUUAAGGGUAAGACAAACUUUUGAAGCGGUGUCAUUAACCCCUUAAGUACCGCGGGCGCUCUAUGCCGUCCUUAACUUUCUAGCCGUCCUUAACUUCCUAGCCGUUCUUGCCACCCAUUUGGCCAGCACCAUUACCCCGCUGAAGAUUGCGGUCUGGGGGCAUGCCUGGCCCCCCAGGCAGCCCUCCUGUGCUCGGAGACCGCGGUCUGCAGCUUCCAAUCGCAGUGACAGGCUGUGAUUUGAAAUUGGCUGACACAUGGAGCCAGCUGCAUUCUCCUGCAGCAGAUCGCCCCCCCCAUGCAGCCCCCUUGCUGUCAGUGACAGCGAUCUGCACAGGCUGCAGUCUGAUCGCACUGACAGGUUGCCAUAGCCUUUCAGUGUGAUCAGUGUUACUAUGUGUCAGCCUAUUGGCUGACACAUGUAACUGCAGCCAUUAGCCCCCCACAGAUUGCGGUGGGAGUCAUGCCUGUACCACCCACGCACUCCGCCUGUGGCAAAUUACCGCGAUCUGUAGGAGGUGAUCACAGUGACAGCCAGUCACUGUGAUCACUGUUAGUAUGUGUCAGCCAAUGAUCUCAAAUCGUUGAUUGCAGCUCCUGUGAAAGAAAGUUUUAAUACUUUAUAAAAGUUUUAAAAAAAUAAUUUUAUUUAACCCUUUCAGUGUGAUCACAGCAUAUUACUGUCAUCAGCCUGAUUAGGGCAUUUAGUACUUUUGUACUAUAUUUAAUUUUUAAUUUUUUUUGACCUUUUGUGUCAGUCGCAGUAACCAAAAUCUCCCUUAACCCUUUCCCCGCUGCCUUGAUCACUAUACUGUACAGUAUAUCUGCUGUACAGUACCGUAUCAGUGAUCACUGUGAUCAGAGGGCUCUCUGAUCAGACUGACCUUUUUUUAGGGUUAUUUUUAUAGAUCUAAAAAUAACCCUUUCAGUGUACUGAUUGCAGCUGCCUAUACUGUGAUCAGUACAGUUAUAUUAUUUUUUGAGGGCGGGUAGUAGGUGUUAGGCAGGUAGAUUAUAAUUAAUUACCCCUUUAGUUAAUUUGUCCCCCUAGAAUGGCACGUCGCUACUCAGCCGAGGAGGUGUAUGCCAUUCUGGCAGGCAGUGAUAGUGACACUCUGCAAGACAGUGACACGGUCACUGCCUCUGACAUUGAGCCUUUGAGUGAGACCUCAAGUGAUGGUGCCCCACCACCACUCACAAGAGGACGCUCAGCAAGCAAAAUGCCAGACGGAGACUGGGUGCCUCCAAACAUGAUGGCCCCAGAAAUAGCACCAGUAACAGUGGACGACUGCGAGCCAAUUCGUUUUUUUUUAGCUAUUUAUGUCAGACGAUGUAUUUGAGCUCAUGGCUCAGCAAACAAAUUUGUUUGCCAUGCAGUAUCUCUCUGCACAUCCAGGGUCCCAUUAUAGUCGCAUGAAUAUGUGGAGACCCAUGGAUGUCAGAGAUGAAGCGGUUUUGGGCUUUAACCCUAAUGAUGGGUGUAACGGACCGUUUUGCACACGAGAGGUUAAAAACCGUUUAGGCGAUAUUCCCCUUUUCAGAUGUACAGGCCGCUACUGCAAUCACCAAUCUCCCGAAUUGCAAACACAUGAAUUCACCAAUCUCCCGAAUUGCAAACACAUGAAUUCACCAAUAUCCCGAACUGUAACCAGGGGAAUGCUCAAAACUACUGAACAGGAAACACCCGAAUGCUGUAAACAGCCGAACAGGAAAAACCAUACGAACAGCUUACACUCCUGGCAAUCGCACUGUAACAGCAUACAAUCCAAUUCCCCCCCAAGAACAAGACGACACUUCGUUUGAGGAUCAAGCAGAACUGAUUUACUGGGGCUACCUGCCCGGCUUUUAUGCAGGUCUCCCACCUGGUGGACACUCCCCUAGGGGACCAGAUGGAAGACUGGGAAACAUAUUGGCCAUUAACCAAUCACAGACCUACACCUUUAAACACACCCACAAUGCAUCACAGUCCCUCCUCUCUAUCCUGGAGAUAAUUGGGAAUUAAUCCAAUUAUCUCCCAGGACAGAGGCAAAACUCCAUUGAGCACGUUACUAAAAAGACUCAAAAAUACCCACUGUUGCAAAUAAUUAACAAAACACAUACAUUCUACAUAUCCUCAGAUAGCUUAGAUCUGAGCGCACAUUAUUACCGAAUGGCGCUCAGAUCACAUAUAUACAGUUCAAUUGCCAUGGAGCCAAAGUCUUUCAUACAGUCUUUUGUUACACGAAUGGGCUCCAUGGCUUAGCUAUCUGGGGUGAUGCUGUUCAUCCGGUUAAACUACCGAAUGAAGAGUAAUUCAGUUCCACUACCGAAUGCAGAGGUAAGGAGGCUGGCGGCUCAGUGGUGUUCGCGCAAAUAAGUGUCCGUUUUCAGUUCCACAGUUUGGGCGCCGAACACCGCUGGCCGUUAAGAGAGUAAAAAUGGCCGCUGCCACGUGUUCGGCAAACGAACAAAGGCCACCCAGCAUUCGUCAAUUAAGCUGCGGUUAACCGCAGCUUCUGGGCGGUCAAUUGACGGCACACUCCAGUUCCCAGGUGGUCCAUCGUUCGGUACUUUGUUCGGUAGAUUGAAUCUACCGAACACCCCGGCAGAAAGGCACGAAUAAGCCUUUCAGCAGGGAAAAUAAAAGGAUUUAAUUGCCGGGCCAUAAUCUAAAGGGAGCAGGCGAGCAACCAGGCUUCUCCAGUGCACAGUGGCGAGAUUGGUUCCGCCACAAUGGGUAUAGUUAAAAAGCCCAGUAUCAGGUCCUACUGGAGCAAGCAACGCAUCCUGGCUACCCCUCUUUUCCCUGAGGUUAUGCAGAGGGAUCGCUACCUGCAACUGCUGUGAUUCCUUCAUUUUAAUGACAACUCACUGUGUCCCCCUAGAAUCGACCCACUGUUUGGCCAUUUAUCCAACUCCUGUCAGACAAAUUUUCUGAAAAUUAUGUCCCCGAUAAAGAUAUUUCAAUUGACGAGUCCCUUAUGAAAUUUAAAGGUCGACUGCUAUUUAAGCAAUAUAUUCCAUCUAAGCGGUCCCAAAAUGGCGUUCUAUUUUAUAAAUUAUGCGAAUCCUGUACUGGUUACACAUGGGCGUUUCGCAUUUACCAGGUGAAGGAUAGCCAUCUUGACCCACCAGGAUACCCUGAUUCUGUGGGUACAAGUGGCAAGAUUGUUUGGGAUCUAAUCCUUCCCUUGUUAAAUAAGGGAUAUAGGCUAUGGGUUGACCAUUAUUAUACCAGUAUACAAUUAUUUAAAAAUGUAUAUUGCUUUGAAACCCUAGCCUGUGGCACAGUAAGGUUUCCCCCAAGCCCUGACAAAAGGCAGAAGCAGUAGAGGUUCCUCUUCAGCUCUCCGCCAGGAUGAGUUGCUUGCUCUUCGCUUCAGAGAUAGGAAAGAUGUAUACAUGCUGUCUACGAUGCACGACGAAAGUACAGUGUCUGUGAGAGGUCGCACUGCGCAUCUUGAAAAGACUACAGCAAGUUUAUUGGGGGAGUAGACUUGGCUGACCAAUGCAUACAGCCCUAUCUGGUGAACCGAAAAACUAGGACCUGGUGCAAGAAAAUUGCAAUCUACGUGAGCCAGAUUGCAAUUUUCAAUGCCUAUGUCCUCUAUAAAAAAGAGGUCAUAGGUAAGCCCUGCCCUUUCCUCGAAUUCACCCUGAGCCUUUUGUCUCGUAUGUUGUAAUGGAUCACCUGGCACCCCGACUGGGUACCUCCGUUUAAGGAUGCUCCUAGAGCUUACAGAGGGCUCCAAGCGCUCCGCAGACACCACAACCACUGCAGAUCCCACAAACCGCCACAGCUUGGUUGGGGUCUCGCCGUCUCCUACCCACCCUGGACCUACGACAAGGCUCCAGGUUCCAGUGGGUGAACCUCUCCUCCAAGAGAGGGAAACAGGAACAAACUCUUACAAGAGCUUAGAAGUGAUUAUCCAAGGGAACAUGCAGAGCAUAGCAAUCCCUUGUAGUGAUAUAGCAAUUCCCCAAAUAAGAGACAGGACUCUAGAUUGAGGGUGAAGAAGAAGUAGAGUAGAACGUACAGGUCAGCGAUGUUCGUGCAGUUGGGUAGCCGAAAACUGUUCCAUAGAUUUGGCUGCACACAUCGCUGACCGCGUUCGAAUGGGUUAAAAUGGCCGCUGCCACGUGUUUGGUAUUCGAAUGGCGGCCACUUCGACUGCAUCCAAAGUGCCAGUUUAAAAGUACAAAUCCUUUGUUUGGGCAUUAAAGGGCCAGAAACAGCAAUAUAAGCCUCCAGUAUGCCCACAUCAGUUCCUAGAAGGGCAAUACAUCCCAGAGCCAUAGUCGCAGGGCAGGAGGCUGGCAAACAGGCCUCUCCAAAAACCAGUGGCGAGGUUACUUUCGCCACAUAUGUUAUUUACCCAGCCCCCCAACCCCAGUUUGGAAUCAAGAGAUCUCCAAAGACUUUGUGGCAAACACUUCCCUUCCCGAAUCCCACCCACCCCCAGUAAAAAAAACUCCCCAAAGAAAGUGCCGUGUUUGCUACAAGAAAGGAGUCUGAAAGGACUCCAGUUUUUAUUGCCCAACCUGCCCAUCUCUACCCACCCAAAGUCUACCAUACAGAGCUGAACUUCUGAAUCACUCUGUAUGGGACUUUGGCAGUUUGUUUGCUUGAUUUCUUUGGAUUUCUGAACUCUGCUUGUCCUGACUACGCUUUGUUUAGCUGCCUGUACCGACCCAUUGGCUUGUUUUACUGACUACUCUGACUUCUGGAUUCCCCUGACCUUGGCCUGGCCCUGUUUACGCUAGCCAUUCUAAAGUGGCUACACCAAACAACUCAAAAUACUACAUUUGUAGUAAUUGAAAUAUGACUUCCCAAUAAAAAAACUAAUCACAGGGUUAAUGCUGCUAUUAGCACUGAAAGGGUUAAAAAAAAGUUUUUUUUUUUUUUUUUUUUAACUUCUCAAACUUUUCACACAGUAACUCUGUGACAUCAAAUAUCUCUCUGCUUCUUUCUUCCUUCAGAUCAAAGUGUAUGUGGGGAUACUGUUCUAUUCCUGUGAUGUAAUAAUAACCUGGAAACAUGGUACAUGUGGGUACUGUUAUAUUCAUUAGACAGUGUUAAAUCAAAAUACCAUGUCUCUAUUGCACUAACUAAUAUCAAGAUUAUGACCUUUCCAGUGAAAAUGCAAUUUAUCUAAAUAAAAAGACAAAAAUAAAAGUAGAAAUCGCUACAUGGGCCCAGCAUUUCUGUUAAAAUGGCUAGACCAAACAUCUCAAGUUAUGCCAUUUGGAAUACUCUGGGUUGCCUACUUUUGAAAAUGGUAUGCCAUAACGGUGGAAAUGUUAUUACCCAGGCUGCCAUGGUCUCUGAAAAGCCAUAUACGCCCUGAAAAUCAUUUUAAGAAACUUACAAGCUGAAAGGGCAUCUAAUAUUUUUGUCCCCGUGACUUCCCCCAAAAAACUGAAAAUCUGGUACAUGGGGGUACUGUUAUAUUCAGGAGACAAUGUUAAAUAAAAAUAGUGAGGCUUUCUUGCAAUAACUCGUAUCAGGAAUAUGAAAUGUCCUGUGAAAAGUAAGUACAUGUUUGUGAAAAGCACAAAAAAACCUAUAACCACUCUGGGCCCUUCAUUUCUGAAAAAGUGGUUAGAUUAAACCUCUCAAAUUAUGCCAUUUGUUAUACUCUGGGUUGCCUACUUUGCCAAAUUUCAAUGUGAAAAAGCAUAAAUGGAUAAGCCCUAUAUAUGACCCUGUAACUUGCCAAAACCCCAUAAAACCUAUACAUGGGGGUACCGUGGCGCUUGUGAGACAUCACUGAACAGAAAUUGGAGUGUUUCAGGGCAGUAAACUAUAUAUUAACAAUAAUAUCAGUGAAAGUACAGUUUUUAUGUGAAAAAUGCAACAACAAAAAAAAAAUCUGAACGCUAACUUUGGCUAGGGUUUGUGCCCAAGUGGCUACUACAAAAGACUGGGAAUACGACAUUUUUAAUACCCUUUUUCACAUAGUAUGCCAUGAUGGGGGUUAAUUUUAAUUUCUGGGCUACCAUACGGACUCAAAGGCAACCUAGGCCCAGCAAACCAAUCUGUCAAAUUUUUAUGUAGAAAAAAAAAUGGACAAGCUGUAUAUUUGACCCUUUAACUUUCCAAAACCCCAUAAAACCUAUACAUGGGGGGUACUGAUUCACUCGUGAGACAUUACUGAAUACAAAUAUGUAUGUUUUAUUGCAGGAAAACCGAACAGUAUUCUGACAUUAACAGUUAAAUUGCCAUGCAGAAAUUGAAAAAAAUAACAUUUCUUAAUUUAAGUUUUUUUAGAUUUUAUUCAUAUAAAAUGGAGUUCCAUAUAUGAAUGUGUGAUAUGAAGCCCUGUUUCCCCUGAACAAAAUGAUAUAUAAGAAAUAUGGGUGCACUUAGUAUGAAAGAGGUAAAUUAUUGUUAAACAGACAUAUAGUCAAAUUCUAUGGUUUGUUAACAUUUUGUUUUGAUCACAACUUGUACAUUUGGCUCAGUCCUUAAGGGGUUAAGGGAAUAAAGCAGCACUUUUGUUUAUUUUUAAUUUCAGUGAGUGUGCUCCUUCUUGCUGGGUAAAUAAUUAUGAAUAUUUUGGGUUUCCACCUGUAUAGCUGGCACAGUUAAUGUUAGGGCGUGUUUAAAACCUUUCCAGGGCUGAUUUUUAUUGCCUGUCUGGCCCUGGGCCCACACAGUGUUUUGUGUGAACACACCAUACUGAAGUGGAACACAGAGGGGCCCACAACUUUUUUAACCCCUUAACGAUGAGUGACGGACGAGGUCCGUCACUCAGGGGAUUGCCAUAACGACAAGUGACGGACCUUGUCCGUCACCCGUUAAAAUUAACCCCGGAUCGCCGCUAUAGCUGCGAUCUCUGGGUUAAUCGUGCUCCGGUCUGCCUCUGUAAUAGAGGCAGACCGGGAGCACCCAAUAGUGCUGCCCCAGCACAUGUGCUCGCUCUGACAACCUGUCAGAGCAAGCACAUGUGCUGCAUAUACUCACCUUCCGCCUCCCUGCGCUUCCUGGUUCUGUGUGAAGUGCAGGGAGACUUUGUGAAGUGUGGUUCUGUGUGAAGUGCAGUGAUGAUCCUGCCCCCUGUUUAAAAAAAAAAAAAAUUAUAUAAAAACCCACCCCCCUUUACCCAUGUUAAUUAGAAAAUUAACCCCUUCCCUGCCAAUUGAUCACUGACUACAGUGAUCAGUUGGCAGGGAUUACAUUUUACUGUCAUCUGAGGGUUAAUUUUUUUUAUUUAUUUUUUUUACCCUCAAGGGUUAAAUUUACUUAAUUAACUGAAAUAUUUUAAAAUUAUAUAUUUAGCUAGCUGGGGUGGGUGGAAGUUAGUGGGGAAUUGGGGGAUUUGGUGUUAGGCUAACUAGGGGUUAACGUUAAAAGUUUUUAAAUAAACUUUAAAAAGUAAAAAAUUAAGCUAAAAAAGUUUUAAUAACGUUUAAGUAAAAAAUAAAAAAAACACCCCCCUUUACCUAGUCCAAAUAAAAAUUAACCCCUUCCCUGCCAGUCGAUCACUGCCUACAGUGAUCAAAAUACAGAUCACAAUAUUAUACUGUGAUCUAAUUUUUUUUAACCCCUGAGGAUUAACUUUUAUUUUAUUUUAUUUCUUUUAACCCUCAGGGGUUAAAUUUAAUUAAUUUAAAUAUUUUAUAAUUAUAUAUUUUGCUAGCUGUGGUAGGUGGGAGUUAUGGGGAAAAUGGGGAAUUUACUGUUAGUGCUGCUUACUGCUAGUUAGGGGUUAACGGUAAAAAAAAAAGCUUAGAAAAAUGUUAAAUCUGUAAAAAAAAAAAAGUUUAGGAAAGUUUUAAAAAAAAAUUAAUAAGCAAAACAAAAGUUUAAAAACUAGUUUUCAAAAGUAAUAAAAGUUUCAAAACGUAAAAAAAAAUACAUUUAAAAACGCACAUUACCACUACACCUGGAACAAACUAGAGAAAAAAUGAUCCCACGCUAAGGUUCAAAAUAUGCCUUUUGAAUUACCCCAGGGUGUAUUCUUUAAUAAAUAGUAUGUGUUUAUGGGGAAGUUUCAAUAACCAACCGUCUAAACUACUCAAAAAAAAAAAAAAAGUUAGAAAAAAACUGAAUGGCUGCGUCUCAAAUGCGUCCCUUCAAUAUCCACAUAUAUCUGGCAAAGGUACAUACGGUGGUAUUGCUGUACUCAGACGUCAUAGCUGAGCAACAUAUUAAGUAUUAUACAGUCGUAGCACACAUAAGGUUUGCAAAAUAUACUGUGCAAACUCAUUGUGUGUCAAAAAGGCAGAAAAAAACACUUAUUACCACUACACUUGGUACAAGCUAGCGGAAAAAUGAUCCCACACUAAGGUUCAAAAUAUACCUUUUGAAAUACCCUGAGAUGUCUUCUUUAAGAAAUGGUAUGGCUUUAUAGGGUUUUUGGAUUAUAUAGCCUGGUAAAAUACUCUAUAAUGGGACAUGGGCACAGCAUAAAAAUUUAAAGUUUAAAAAAAACUGGAAUGGCUGUGUCCCAAAUGUGCCCCUCCGAUGUCUACAUAUACCUGGCAUAGGUACUCAGCCGACAUAGCUGAGCAACAUAUGAAGUAUUAUACACUGGUAGCACACAUAAGGUUUGCAAAAUAUACUGUGCAAACUCACUUUGUGUGUCAAAAAGGCAGAAAAAAAACACUUAUUACCAUUACACUUGGUACAAGCUAGCGGAAAAAUGAUCCCACACUAAGGUUCAAAAUAUACCCUUUGAAAUACCCUGGGGUGUCUAAUUUAAGAAAUGGUAGGCCUUUCUGGGGUAGUUUGAAUUUAAACCCUGCCAAGAUGCUUGGAAAUUGCACAUAGGCCCAGCGUCAAAAUUCAAAGUUCGGUAAAAACUGAUAUGGCUUGGUCUCCUAUAUGGCACUGUAGCUUCACGAAAUAGUGCCAAAGACAUUCAUUGGGGGUGUCUUUUUACUCAGAAGACUUACCGAGCAUAAUUUUGGGGGAUUGAAUUUAGUGGCACAUGUGAAAUAUACAAAAUGCCCAGCAAAAAUGCAAUCCAUAUGUAAAAAACGCACAAAGUUGAUUUUUUUUAUCACAUACUUUAGCAUAUAUUGGUGAAAAAAUGGGGGCAUUUUAAGGCACAAUAUGCACCUUAUGAGAUACCCUGGAGUGUCUACUUUUACAAAUGGUAGGCCUUUUUGCGGUUUUUGAAACAGUCAAACUGCUAUGAUGGCCCAAAUGGAAGCAUAUGCUCAUUAAAUCCGUCUCUCAAAAUUCUACUGUGAAUACUGAAAAGAACAGGCCUCCUAUACGGCACUGUAACUUCAUGAAAUAGUGUCAAAGACAUACAAUGGGGGUGUCAUUUUACUCAGCAGAUGUAACUGAACACAAAAUAAAACUUUGUACAGGAAUAGCACACACCAACUUUACAAAAUACACGAUAAUUUCUUUGUUAUAAGUUUGUGUGCCAAAACCCAAAAAACCCCACAAUUUUACUCCAAUAUUUAGCAGAGGUUGGCGGUGAACUGCCUACUUAGAAAGUGUCAAAACAACCUUAGGUAAAUAGCCCGUGAUGUCUACUUUAUAUAAAUAUAUACUUUUGUGUGGCAAUUUUGUUUUCUUUUAUGGCUAUUAAGCUUACAAGACAAACAUACCAAAUUCUAAAAUCGCUCCACAUUAAAAGUUUAUUUUACUCCUUGUGCUCUGUGACCUGUAACUACCAAAAUAAAACUUAAAAUCCCAGACACAUUAUAUAUUCUGUAAAUCAGAACAACUAAAUGAAUUUAUUUUUAAUUACUUUCCUUAACCUGCACACAUUAUUAUUAUUGCAAAAACUGUAAAAAAAAAACCAAACCCAAAUGUAAAUUCUUUUGCAUUUUUCUGUAUUUUUUUUUUAUAAUUAAGGAGAUAUAUAUAUAUAUAUAAAAAAAAUAUAUAUAUAUAUAAAAAAAUACACACACAAGUAUAGUGGCACUCACCCUUUCAAUGAAUCAAUAAAAGACUGCUUUGGUGCAAUCCCACGCUGGAUAUGUAAAGCAAAAAGGAAAGAGAUGCACUCUCAGGUCUUUGUAGAAAAAAAACUCGAUAUUAUUUAAUAACAGGUAACAUAUAUCUGAUCGACGUUUCGACCUCUUCAGGUCUUCCUCAAGAUCUUGAGGAAGACCUGAAGAGGUCGAAGAAACGUCGAUCAGAUAUAUGUUACCUGUUAUUAAAUAAUAUCGAGGUUUUUUUUUUUUCUACAAAGACCUGAGAGUUCAUCUCUUUCCUUUUUAUAUAUAUAUAUAUAUAUAUAUAUAUAUAUAUAUAUAUAUAUAUAUAUAUAUAUAUAUAUAUAUAUAUAUAUAUAUAUAUAUAUAUAUAUUUUACAUCAAAUUAAAGCCCUUUCUGUCCUUUAAAAAACGAUAUAUAAUAUGUGUUGGUGCAAUAAAUUUGUAAAAUGCAAAUUGCAGUUGAACGCAAACGGCAAAAAAUGAAAAAAAUGCUGUUGUCAUUAAGUGAAAGACAAGCUUCUGAAGCUCUGUCCUUAGGGGGUUAAGGAUGUAAUCUAAAUGGGGAGUGGAGUAGGAAAAAUAUGUUGCAAAGAUGGUUAAAUUUGCUUUAUCUUCCUAGAGGAUUACGAUAGGUCAGGGCCGUCUUUAACGUGGGGCAAACGGGGCAGCUGCCCCGGGCCCAGUUUAUCUUGGGGGGCCCGAGGCACCUGCCCCGUGGGCCCCGCUGACCCCGGCGGGCGGGUGGCCGAUCGGGCAGGCGGGCGCGCGAGGGAGCACUCACUGCUUCCUCUUCAGCUCCCUCGCGCACCGCUCUGAUGCCGGAGCCGGAAGAUGACAUCAUCUUCCGGCGCCGGCAUCCCUACGCGGCGCGCGAGGGAGCUGAAGAGGAAGCAGUGAGUGCUCCCUCGCGCGCCCGCCUUCCUGCCCGACAGGCAACCCGCCCAGGAGCCCAGCAGCACCACUGGACCCCAGGGAAUAAUCCCCCCCAGCACUCCAAAAGGUAAGGAGGCUGGGGGGAUUACAUUUUUAAAAAAAAAUGUGUGUGUGUGUGUGUGUGUUAGUGUUUGUGUGUUAGUGUAUGUGUGUGUUAGUGUAUGUGUGUGUUUGUGUGUGUUAGUGUAUGUGUGUGUUUGUGUGUGUUUGUGUGUGUUAGUGUGUGUUAGUGUGUUUGUGUGUUAGUGUAUGUGUGUGUUAGUGUAUGUAUGUGUGUGUUUAUGUGUGUUUAUGUGUGUUUAUGUGUGUUUAUGUGUGUUUAUGUGUGUUUAUGUGUGUUUAUGUGUGUUUAUGUGUGUUUAUGUGUGUUUAUGUGUGUGUUAGUGUGUGUUUAUGUGUGUGUUAGUGUGUGUUUAUGUGUGUUAUUGUGUGUUUGUGUGUUAGUGUAUGUGUGUUAGUGUAUGUGUGUGUGUGUCAGCAUGUCUGUGUGUGUGUCAGUAUGUCUGUGUGUGUGUGUGUCAGUAUGUCUGUCUGUCUGUGUGUCAGUAUAUAUGUGUGUCUGUGUGUCAGUAUAUAUGUGUGUCUGUGUGUCAGUAUAUAUGUGUGUCAGUAUGUCUGUCUGUCUGUGUGUCAGUAUAUAUGUGUGUGUAUAUCUGUGUGUGUCAGUAUGUGUAUGUGUCCGUAUGUCUGUCAGUGCGUCAGUAUGUCUGUUAGUGCAUGUGUAUGCAUGUGUCAGUAUAUCUGUCUGUGUGCCAGUAUGUCUGUGUGCCAGUAUAUCAGUCUGUGUGUGUCAGUGUAUGUGCCUGUGUGUGUGUGUCAGUAUUUCUCAGUGUAUGUGGGUGUCAGUAUAUCUGUCAGUGUGUGGGUGUCAGUAUUUCUGUCAGUGUAUGUGUGUCAGUAUGUUGAUCAGUGUAUGUGCCUGUGUGUGUAUGUCAGUAUUUCUCAGUGUAUGUGGGUGUCAGUAUAUCUGUCAGUGUGUGGGUGUCAGUAUUUCUGUCAGUGUAUGUGUGUCAGUAUAUUGAUCAGUGUAUGUGUCUGUGUGUGUGUGUCAGUAUGUCGGUAUAUGUGUCUGUGUGUCAGUAUGUCUGUAUAUGUGCCUGUGUCAGUAUGUCUGUCAGUACGUCUACCAGUGUAUGUGUCUGUGUGUGUGUCAAUAUAUGUACCUGUGUCAGUGUGUCUGUCAGUGUAUGUGCCUGUUUAUCUGUAUGUAGUCAGUGUAUGUAUCUGUGUAUCUGCUUGUGCGUCAGAGUGUGUACCUGUGCAUCUGAGCCGCAACUUUAAAUACAAAUACACCCCUCCAUUCAAACUUCAACACUACAUAUAAAACACACUCCUGCAUUGAAACGUCAACACUACAUACAAGCACACUCCUACAUUCAAAAACAAACACUACACAUAAAUGCACACUUGCAUUCAAACUCCAGUACCACAUACAAACACAUUCACACAAACAUACUCCAUACAAACACAUGCUUACAUUCAAACAUACUAACAUGGCUCAGUGCUAAAUACAACCCUGCAAGCAUGGAAAAUUGGUAGAGUCCCAGCUGUCAAAGCAUUGUUGGAGUUGCACGACAGAUGGGGUUCUACCUUUAGUCCAACCUUGCAAUUGGGGUCCCAAUAAAAUUCAUUCUACUUUAGUACCGCCACUGCGUUGGGAUGGAUGCCGUGAUUGCAUACCAGGGAGUGAGGGGCGAGAGCGGCAGGGCACAGGGGGCCCAAGCAAACACUUGCCCAGGGUCCAUUCGUUAUUAAAGACGGCCCUGCGAUAGGUUGUUCUAGAUCAGGGGUUCCCAAUUAAUUUUUCCAGUGGAACCCUUUGACAUAGUGUAUGAACAUCGCCCAUACAAACACAGAUACACACCUGCACAUACACACAGAUAUACACACUGGCACAUCGAUAUAUGCACAUACACACAAAUACACCUUGACACAGAGUGUGUGUGUAUGUAUGUAUGUAUCUAUCUAUCUGUGUUUGUAUGUGCCAGUGUAUGUAUCUGACACACACGCACACUUAUAUACACGCACUGACACACAGAUACACAUACUGAGCAAUAUACACACCUGUGCACACAUGUGCACACACUGGCACAAUGAUGCAUACACACACACACACAAACUAGCACAUACACAUACUGACACACACACACACACACACACACUCUCUAGCACAUACACAUACUGACACACACACACUCUAGCACAUACUGACACACACACACUCUAGCACAUACACAUACUGACACACACUAGAAGUAGAUCCAUUUAGUGCAAAGAAUAAGGUCCAGACUGCACCUUCAAUAUAUUUUAAUAGUAGCUAUCUUUAUAGCUGCUAUAAACAGUCCUGCCUAGGCUUUGCGUGUGUUUUUCUUUCUUUCUUUUUUUUUUUUUCAUUCUUGUUCACAUAGAUUUUACAGAUAAAUGAAUAUAAAGGUAUGCAUAGAUAAGUCGUUACAAAGUGUACACAGGUUUAUCUGUUUGCCUGUGCAACGCUUUCAGGAUUGUCCUUGUCCAUUCUCAAGAAUGUUUUAUCUUAGCUGCACUCACCUGAACAUGCUUAAAUGGGGUGCUGCUAGGGGCCAAUAAGUACAGUAAAAAUGAACCAGACUGAGAGACCAUUUAAAGGCUCCGAAACCCUUUCCAGGUGUUAUGGCUUACUAAGCUGAUUAGAAUAGGACACUGUGAGCCUAGAAUAUUGCACCUUUUCACAAUAUUCUAAUUUACUGAGAUUGUGGAUUUGGGGUUUUCAUGAGCUGUAAGCCCUAAUCAUCGCACUUAUGACAAAUCAUGGCUUGAACUACCGUAUAUACUUGAGUAUAAGCAGAGUUUUUCGGCACAUUGUUUGUGCUGAAAAUCCCCACUCGGCUUAUACUAGAGUCAGUGUCUGUAUUAUGGCAACAUGAUACAGACCAGGACUGCCAGGCUCAUUUCAAGCCCGGCGGUCCUCUUAGAGGCUGGCCGCGAGCCCUUACCUUUGAAGCAACACCUGUCAGCUCCGUGCAGCUCCUCUGUCAGCUCCCAGUGUAAGUCUCGCUACACCCGCGGCUGUCAGAGCGUUGCCACGGAUUACCGGGGCAACGCUCUGCGCUGCACGCAUACCGUGAAACUUGCUCCGCCCCCCCCGCACACACUGCAUUAUAUACACAUACACACACACACUCAUAUACACACGCUCUUGCAUUAUAUACACACACACGCUCUUGCAUUAUAUACACACACACACGCUCUUGCAUUAUAUACAUACACACGCUCUCAUGCAUUAUUUUUUUUAAAAUUUUGACGUAAUUGGGACUUGGCACCUGGUAUUAAAUAUAUAUGUGUGUGUGUAGAUAGUAAUCAGCACUCUUGGACUUUGAAGAUUAAAACAUAAAGUUUAUUAAUUAUCCAUUAAAUAUAAGAUCGAUGUUUCAGUCCCAGCCCGAUCCUGAUGAAAGUCCCUGCUGGGACUGAAACGUCGAUCUUAUUUUUAAUGGAUAAUUAAUAAACUUUGUUCAAAGUACGAGAGUGCUGAUCACUGUCUACAUAUAUUUCUAUUUUCCUCGAUUUCAAGCACCCGACAAACAGUCUACCAAGCGGGAGUGCAAAAUAUAUAUAUAUAUAUAUAUAUAUAUAUAUAUAUAUAUAUAUAUAUAUAUAUAUAAUUUUUUUUAUUUAUUUUUUUUCAAAAUAUUAAAAAAAUGGGCCUCUUACACUCCUACUCAAAAUAUUAAAUACCUGGUGCCAAAUCACAAUAGUAUAAAAAUAUCAAAAGAUUACCGGCACUCUUUUGUUCGUUCAAUUUAUUGUUGGUACAUCCAAAAUAGUCAACGUUUCAGCUCCCGAUCGGGGCUUUCAUCAGGACACACAAAGCAAUUUACAUUGAAGUAACAAACAAAUAUAGGACAUAUCUACCAAUAAACACUCACCAAAACAGCUGUACUUCAUCGCCCCCAAUGCCCGGCGUGCACUCAGCGCUUCUGCGCAUGUCUACAUUGGACCACUCCCCCGUCAUAGAACGGCUAUGGCCAGUCAUCAUACCUGGAAGUGUCACAGAACCAUGGCAACCGCUGAUACUCAGCUUCCGUCGCUGCUGCGUAAACAACAUCCGUAAGGAGAAUAUCUCCCUGCUAAAUGAGCGAUCCGCCCAGUCCAUGACGUGGGGUUAGUACAUGUUACUAUGACAACUGUUUCCUUCCGUGCCUAAGGGGAUAUGAAUGAGAACAUCUAAAUAGAAAGCUGAUAUUGUUACAAAUAGAUUAGUAUUAAUUGUAUCUACACAGUAUCAUAUGCAAAAACUAUCUAGGCUGGUAUAUCUGUGAACCUAAAAAAAAUAAAAAAACAUAAUUAUAAAGAUACAAGCAUAUCUAUGUGUGACAAAAGUGAUAUAUUCAAUAAAUUAUAUUCUUGUGUAUAUGAUUGUGACAAAAAUUAUGUAAAUUCAAUGUGGUCUAUAUGGAGUGCUGUAAAUACAUAAUAUACUAUGUUUGACAUUUAUUUGAGAAUGUGAUAUUGAUUAAUCAUAAUAAAUAUCAUAAUUAAACUUAAAUUUUGUAAAAUUUUAUUUAAAAGUGAGUAAAUUUUAUAUUUAUAUUAUCCAAAGUAUUUAACUUAAGUGUAUAAAUCAAAAUACUUAGUUAUAGUGUAUUAGAUACCCUAAAUACUAGUUAUAAUAGAGGUUCAAGCAGUUAUAGGUGAGGGUAUUGGAAAUAUAGUGUACAAAACUGUCAGAUACAUUUUAUCAAUUUCAUAUUAAAAAGUUACUGUAAUUGUUGAGGUCAAUCAUCACAUAAUGGAUAAUUAUAAAAAAGAAAUGAAGGAGCAUUUUUUGUUUAGGCCUUUAGGGGUUAGUGUGGUAAGUUCCAAUAUCCAGUAAGUCUCUCUUUGUAGGAGGAUUUUCCACCUGUUGCCCCCCCCUGGCUGCUACGGGAAUAUGGUCGAUUGCCACGCACCUUAAGGUGGAAAGUUGAUGAUGCUUUUCUAGAAAAUGUCUGGCCACAGGUUUAUCCGACUCGCCAUCACGUUGCUUGACCUGUGGCCUCUAAUUCUCUCACAAAGAGCUUGCCUAUAUAACUCAGUCCACAAGGACAUAUGAGUUUAUAUAUGACAAACUCUGUGUGACAAUGAAUUCUGUGGGCAAUCUUGUAGACCUUACCCGUAUGAGGAUGAGAGAAGGUCUUAGAAGGGAUUAAGUGACCACACGUCACACAUCCUAAGCAUCUGAGGCAACCAUUAUUUUUCUUCUCACUUGUAGAGGGAUUAUAACAGUGAAUGGGAUUGGUUUUUAACAAUAGGUCCCUUAGAUUUCUAUUCCUCUAAUAGAAAAACAUUGGCUUAGUUGUUAACUCUUUUGGGAGAGUCCUUACUUGCGAAUGUAGUUUCAUUGGGAAUCCAAUUUUCGUUUUCAAUUCCUUCUGGGAUGCUGUCUCCUUAUUCAUGUACCGUUCUUUCGCUUUAAGUAAGGCAUUUUCCAAAAUCUGUCGAUUUUUAUCCUCUCUUUUUAAAUUUUGAAUAAAUCAUUUUUAAUUGCUCCUCACAUUGUUCCUCUUGGGAGUAACUCCGAUAUACCCUCAAAAAUUGUGAAAGUGGUAAUGACUUUUUUAGAUGUUGCGGGUGAAAACUAUUAAAGUGGAGGAUAGUAUUGCGAUCAGUAGGUUUAGUGUAGAGUCUGUACUGUAGUUUUUGGUUUAUUACCGACAGUUCAAUAUCAAGGAAUUGAAUAUUUUUAGAAUCAAUCUAUGAGGUUACUUUGAUUGGUGUUGACAAAUUAUUGAUGUAUUCAAUUAGUGCCACUGCUUCUUCGUGUGUUCCUUUCCAAAGGAUCAGGAUGUCAUCUAUAAAUCUGUAGUACCGUACAAUUUGUUCCUGGUAGCGUGUUAAUAUAUAUUGUUCAAAAUCAAACAUGAAAGUAUUAGCGUACAUGGGGGCUAUAGCUGCCCCCAUUGAAGUACCCGAGAUCUGCAGGAACCAUUUUGUCUCAAAGCGAUAGUAGUUGUUCCUCAAAGCCAAUGAUAGUAGUUCCAUGGUAUACUCAAUCGGAGGUCCAUGGUAGUGUACAGAGGUAGAAAGUAGUUUCUUCAUGGCCUCUAUGCCCUCCUCAUGUGGAAUUACAGUGUAUAAACUGUUUACAUCCAUCGUUAUAUGUAGCCCCUUGAAUUUUUUGAUUUGCCCAAGAUCAUGUAAGAGGCUAUUUGUGUUCUUAAUACACGUUGGUAUAGCAGUGACUGGCUGUUUAAACAGAUAAUCUAGGUAUUUAGCUAUUGGUUCCAAGAUACUUUCUAUAGUGGACACAAUUGGUCUGCCAGGGGGAACAGUUGGGUUUUUAUGAAUUUUCGGCAAUGUGUAAAGGAUUGGUGUCCGUGGAUGUUUUCUUGUUAGAUAUUCAAAGAGAUCUGUAUUGAUGUAACCAGCUCUAAGUCCAAACAUUAGCACCUCUUCAAUUUUCUGAGCAAUAUUAUUAGCCGGGUCCCCCUCCAAGGGUUGAUAAGUUUCUCGUGCGCCCAAUUGUUUUUGAAGAUUUCAUCAGCAUAAUCAGUAUAGUUUAAGAUCACUAUAUCCCCGCCUUUGUCUGCGGGUGGAUUACGAUUGUUGUAUCUGAUGCUAGUUGGCAUACUAAUGUAUGUUGUUCCUUUGUGAAAUUCCAAUAUUGGGGCCUAUGUCUCCCUAGGAUACUUUGUUUCAUUUUUAACAGUAGAUAGGAAUGUUCUAAUCGUGGGCUGGUUUGCUGGAGGGUCAAAUUGGCUACGUCUUUUAAAAACUUGUUUGUUGGACACAAUACCUUGGUCUCCUGUAGAUCUCUGGGUUUUGGUAAAAAAAUAAAUCUUUCAGUUUUUGUGUACGACCAAAUUUAUAUAAUUCUUCGUUCCACUGAAAAUAAUUAGGAGCUCUUGUAGGUAUGAAUGACAAUCCUUUACUCAGAAUAUCCAAUUAUUUAUGAUCAAGUGGUCUGUUGGACAAAUUGAAAACAGGGAUUACUUCCGUGUUGGUGGUUUCCCUCUGAGUCCAAUGGGUCCGUCCUUUUUGUCCCCGUCUUGUCGUUGAUCUCUUUUGCCUUUGUUUUUGCUUCUUGUGGAGGUCCUCUGGGGUAAUAUAUCCUCCUGUUGUUCCCCUGUUCCUAAAAAAUAAACUGAUUGGGAUGGACGGGAACCUUCAUUUUCCGAUGCAGAUUCACCUGAGGUGACAUCAAUUGUGGUUACGUUGGGUUUAAUUAUCUUCUUUUUGAAUCUUCUUGGGCGGGCACGAUGUUCUCCUGACAACCGUCUAUAUACGUAAUGGUCAGUAUAGUCUUGUUGAACACGUUCCAUUUUUAGUCAUUUGAACUUUAUUGGCUGAUUUUUGUACUUCAGUAGUUCUUCACUGAGUUUGAGUUGCAUACUAAUCCCUUCUUGUGAAUUAAGAAGUAUUGCUUGUUCAUUCUCGAAUGAUUUAAUCUUCUUUCGGAUUUCUAUUAAAUCUUCUUUCACAUCCUGUAUUGUAAUUAACAUCAAAUCAAGUGAGCACUUGUUUAGUACCGAUGUCCAAUCCUUACAAACUUUUGAUUUGGUUCUGCCAAUGGUUGGUAUAUUAAAGUGUAAAAUAAAGGGAUGAUGGUCCCAUGGCACAGAAUAAGUCAGAGGGUAAGCUAUGCGAUAUACUGGCUCUAUAUAUUAUGUUAUAAUUUCCCUGCAUGUUAUGAGUAGAUAUGGGCGACAUCAGCAUGGGAUGAGGCUUAUCUAAAAUAUGGUAAUUAGACAUCCAAAAUGAAUCAGGGCGUGCUGGUUUCAAUCUGUAAUGCAAGCUAUAUAUAUAUAUAUAUAUAUAUAUAUAUAUAUAUAUAUACCACUGGUGUCUGGUCCCAUAACUUUAUUUUAUGUUAUUUAAGUGAACACACAGGGAGUUAGAGUAUAUCCACUUAUGGUUUACUAGUCAUAUUCAGUAUUUAAACUCCUGCUUAGGUCAACCUCUUUUUAUAGUGAGGUAACAAUGCAGGUUAAAAACUACUAGGUAGUCAUGGUGCAUUUGCUAGUUGUAAGGUGUUUAUAGGCAAUUCAGGCAUCACUCUAACUGUGCCUAAACAGUGUGCUAUAAUACAAACUGUGAACAAACAAGUAAAGCGGAGUGAACACACAUAGCAAGCUUGUGGCAGCUAUCUAAGUAGGGGUUCAACUGUGCCAUUGGUAUGUUCAUCUUGCGGCAAAACAGGUUAAGUGUUCGAAGUAAAGUAAUGUGAUGCUGCACACAGUUAGAUGAUUAAACAUUCACACAGGCUAAGCUUAACUGUAUAAUACUAUAGUGGUGGGUUACUCAAACUGCUCUUAUCCUAAAACAAGUAUGGGGGAUGAAACAGGUGAAGUGUCUAGCGAUGGAGUCCGAUUAAACCCACUGUUUAACACCAUAGGUGUCUAGGAAGCAAUGUCCCGUGUGGGUAGCUAGUGUAGUUUGCUAAACAUGUUGAGAUACAUGCUGGGUUACCCACCAACCCUCCAGAGCCAGUCUCGUACACUCUAUCCAAGAAGGCAGCAUAGUUAACGUGGCUGCUCGGUGGGAGCUCAAUUAAGUGUAUCCGCAUGGACAGUUCAAGUUGUGUUCCAAAGAGUUCUCGGCUAUGGGCGGUAUGAAGUGGGGCUGCGGGCCAGUUGGAUCAUCCUUCAGCCGAUACCCCUGCUGGGGGUUGGUACCUUGAGUUGGUCGAGUUAGCAAGAGGUCGGUGAGCUGCUGGAAUGAGGAGGGAGCUCUCCAGCCCCAGGCCGGUAUGAAGGCCAGCACCUGCGCACCACAGACUCGGUUUCUGGUAGAUGAGGCUGGGUCUACCCUCUGUUGGGCGCCAUGGAGAGCUUGGGUGUUCUGCCAUUGGGCUUCCUGUGAUGUGGUCUGUGCCGUGGAGGUUUUCUCCGGGGGACCUUCGGCCCAGGAAGGCUUGUGGGGCAGUCCGUGACAGCAGCUCCUUGGGGUUUACCCACAGGAGGUCUCUCCCGGCUACUCACCUCGUCCCUCCUCACUGUUUUCACCGGGUCAGGCUGCUCUUGUCUGCAGCGUAGUUCCAAGCGCUCCCAGAACUUUUGAAAGAUCCUGUCUAGUCGCCUGGCAUACUGCUCCUCUAGAUGGGUACACUGGCUGCCUUGAUGGAUCGAUGCGGGCUUCUGCCACUGAGCCGCGGGUGCCAUCUUGUGUGGCCCACUGGCCGUGAUGUUCAGGCUGCAAGGUAUAGCUGGGGCCUGUGGUGCCUUGUGCCCUGGGUUGGUGGGGACCAGGAUGACCCCAGCCGGUCCAAACUGGGGGGGGGGAGACCCAUGCCGUGACUGUAGCUUGGUGUGGUCCCAGGAGAGCAGCCGUCUCUCCCGUGGCCCCUCAGUUUGUCUCGCUGCGUAUGAGGCCGCACUGCCAGGCCCCGCUUUCUGUGGUCGGAGCGUCAAGAUUCAAGUACCGUUGAGUGCUGCUUCGGGUGCAGGUUAGCCCCUUCGGUCUGGUUUGCCAUUUCUGGCUUGGUAUGUCGUCGUAGGCUUAAAUUGUGCCCGCUGCCGCCGGAGUGUUUAGCAUGUGCGUCCAGCCAUCUUGGCGGUCAGGCCCCUCCCCCCCAAUGGUACGUAUAUUGUGGACCCGAAAGCCCCUAGGUAUUUGUUUGGCUCUGUGAUAGUCGGACAGAAAAAUUCCGUGUAGGUCCAAGUCUACUUCUUUCUUUUUAAGUUUCAAAAGCUUGAAAUAUGUUGCGUACAGUGGUUGUGGUAGGUAGAGUUAGACUGGUGGAAUCCCAUAAUAUUUCCUCAGCUUGCUCGUUAGAGAAUUGGAGGAUAUUAGCCUGUGUUGCAUAUGCUCCAGAUUCUUGUAAAAAAUUAUCCAUAUUAUCAAAAAGGAUAUAUCUUUAAGAAGAUCUUUUACAAAAAAAAUCAUGCCAAAAAAUGGAUUGUAUUCUUAUUCUCCCAAUUUAGUAUGUAUAAAAAGUUAUCCACUUUCAAUGGUUAAAACUAUAUUAUUUAUUGAUAUACAUUAAAAAACAAGUAAAAAAAAUGGUAAAUGGUAAAUAAAAAGCAAUACAAAAAUUGUACUAGCAAUGUACCAAUGUUUGUUCCAUACCCUUUCAUUCAAGAGGAUAUAAAUGAUAAGGCAAGUGGGUGCAUAGAGAACGUUCCUUGGAAGGAGCAUAUAUACAGAAAAAAAUGGGCCUCUUACACUCCUACUCAAAAUAUUAAAUACCUGGUGACAAGUGACAAUAGUAUAAAAAUAUCAAGAUUACCGGCACUCUUUGGUUUUGUUCGUUUAAUUUAUUGUUGGUACAUCCAAAAUAGUCAACUUCAUUGCCCCUAAUGCCCGUCGUGCACUCAGCACUUCUGCGCAUGUCUACAUUGGACCACUCCCCUGUCAUAAAACGGCUAUGGCCAGUCAUCAUACCUGGAAGUGUCACAGAACCAUGGCAACCGCUGAUACACUCAGCUUCGGUCGCUGCUGCGUAAACUCAUAGAUAUACUUGUAUCUUUAUAAUUGUUUUUUUAUUUAGGUUCACUGAUAUACCAGCCUAGAUAGUUUUUGCAUAUGAUACUGUGUAGAUAAAAUUGAUACUUGAAUCUAUUUGUAACAAUUUCGGUUUUCUAUUUAGAUGUUCUCAUUCAUAUCCCCUUAGGCAUGGAAGGAAACAGUUGUCAUAGUAACGUGGACUAACCCCACGCCAUGGACUGGGCGGGUUGCUCAUUUAGCAGGGAGAUAUUCUCCUCACGGAUGUUGUUUACGCAGCAGCAACCGAAGCAGAGUGUAUCAGCGGUUGCCAUGGUUCUGUGACACUUCCGGGUAUGAUGACUGGCCAUAGCCGUUCUAUGACGGGGGAGUGGUCCAAUGUAGACAUGCGCAGAAGCGCUGAGUGCACGCCGGGCAUUGGGGGCGAUGAAGUACAGCUGUUUUGGUUAGUGUUGGUAGAUAUGUCCUAUAUGUUUUACUUCAAUGUAAAUUACUUUGUGUCCUGAUGAAAGCUCCGAUCGGGAGCUGAAACGUUGACUAUUUUGGAUGUACCAACAAUAAAUUGAACGAACAAAACCGAAGAGUGCCGGUAAUCUUUUGAGAUAGAUAUAGAUAUAUAUUAUUUAUUUUAUUAUUAUUACCUUGCAUAUUUUGCAGGGCUGGUAAUAGAGAACAUGAAGGAUAGAUUUCUUUUUCAGAAGUUUGCAGUAUAGUCAUAGCUUCAUGGAAGCAGAAACAAUGGUCCCCAUCUUAUUAUGGAUGGAUAGAUAAAAGCUAAACGUACAUAUAACUUUUGCCAUCAUUGCCUACUAUUUCCAAAAGGAGAAAAUGGGUAGUGUACCGUGAAUGGUUCAAGUUGGUCAACCAGAGUGCUUUGCAGUCACAUGAUUUCUCCACUAAACCAGGAAAUGUAGGAGAAAUUGACAAGAGAGUUAAAUAUUUUCAGUUAAGUGCAUGAGCUGUAAAAGUUACCAACUCUGUAGUUAAAGUCAGUUAAAGCACAGAAACAUGAAUGUGAUCACACUCCUAUAUACUUAUGAUCCUCUGGAAUGAAUUUAGUGUCAGAUCUUCUCUUAACUCCAGGAAUACAUUAACACAAAAUGGCAAAAAUACAGAAAAUUGUGUAGAUCCAGAAAAAUUAAAGAGGCUAUAUAUAGGAGCAGGUCUGGCUGCAAAGAGAGACUGACAAGGCAGAUCAUACACUGAGCUCUGCUGAAGCACUAUGUGCAUGAUCCUAGGGCAGGGGUAGGCAACCUAUGGCACUAGUGCCAUACAUGGCACUCGAGGUGUCUUUGCACGGCACCCAAGGCUACAGGGCUGGUCAGGAGUCCCAGUGAAACUUCAUAUAUCUGCUAAUACAAAAAAGGUGGUGAAGGACAAUCCUCCAUUUACGCAUUGCAGCAUGUAGAGGAAGUGAUCUAUGAUCACUUCCUCCCAGCACUUGUGAAUGGGAAUCCACACUGGAGUAGAGCAGCCCACAGCUUCCUGUUGCAGCUUCUGUCCUUGAGCUGUACCUGGCCAGCCUGGUCCCCAGUAAAACCCAGGGAAGCCUCCCACACUGCUAGAAACACACAGAGCUGCAGAAUAACCCUCCCCUCAUACAAACAGCUCACACACACACACACACACACACACACACACAGUCCGCACAAACACAACACCACCAACAAUCCACAUACAUAGACACAACCCCACAUGCAGCCUCUCACAUGCAAUACCCCAAUCAGCCCCACACAUACACACACACACACACUACCAAACACACAAUGUGACAUAACUAUCCACACACAUAAUGUGUGACAUAAUUCCACAAUCAGCCCCCAUACACGGCCCAAAUUCAUAGGUAUUAUACAUGAUGCCACAAACUGUUUAUGAACAUAUACAAUAUAAUAGCUCAUAUACGCACAAAUACAAUGAUACAAAGCAACUGCAGGAUAAAUAACACAAGCAGAAUAUGGCAACAUGCACACCAAAAUUUAAAGAAAUAGGACUGACACGAUACGGGACAUCACAAUCAUAUUUCAGCACAGUGCUGCUAAAAGGUUGCCUACCCCUGUCCUAGGGCCUAUUCCCUACUGGAUCCCUGGGACUUAAAACAAAAUAAAAUAAACUGUGCUGGGACCGUAUUUAAAUAUACAGAACCUUCCCAGCAAGUUGGGCAGUUAGUUUGGGGUCAUCUAGAGGGGAAAAACAGGCGGUCAGUGAGCUCUGUAGAUGUUGGUCAAUUCCAGUAUGUACUGCUGCCCCAAGGAGUCCAUAACUAUUUCUCAGCUUUGCAAAAAAGAGAGAGUUUUAUAUAAAACCUGUAAUAUCCUUAUAGCAUAGAAUAGAUAAUUGUACACCUAUUUGAUUUUCUAGCAUGUUUGAAAAUAUUGUUGAACAAAGCAUGCAUAGUUUUCCUUCAUAGUGUAGGGGCAUUUCCAAAGUAACUCUGUGAAUGUCUAACCAGCUUAUUUGCUUUGAAUAUUUAUAGAAUGGGCAACUUAAUCUAAUCUGAACAAUAAGGUAAGGAUGGCUUGCACUGACUGCAUGCUUACUGACAGCUCUAACAAAACAAUGGCAGGGUUAUUCACUAAGGUGAGUACAUUUAAAUUUGAGGCCAAGAUAGCUGAGCUGGAAACAUUCUUAGUCCACUUGGCUUCCAAUUUAGCUAAGUUUGGACUCAAAUUUGUAAUUCACAAAAUACUUAAUAUUAAUUCAAAAUGAAUAGCCCUAGUCUAUGUAACUCCCUGGUUUUCAUAAUAUGUAGGUGCUUGCUGUUCCUUUGAAAGACCUUUUAUACCUUUCAUCACGUUACCCUUUGUAAACUAUUGUAAUGUUUGUAUAGUCGCUGCAUCAGGCAAACUACACAGAAAUGUUUCCACAGAAAUAACACAAAUAUAUUUUACUUCGCUCCAUAAGUUCACAGUACUAGGAAAUGAACUAUAAGAUACUAUCGCUCUGGUAUAGGACGCCGGCCGCUCUUCAUCGGAUCUUCCCUACUGUGCCGCCUACCUGCUGGAGAUGUCAGGCCGACAGAGGCACGAUGUGGCAUAUAUGUUGGGAAUGCCCGGUUAUAGUUCCCUUUUGGGACGUGGUGAGGAACGAGGUGACUGAUAUCCUUGGGGAUUCGGUUGAGUGGUUGGGGGAACUGGCCUUGCUACACUUGUCUUCCAAAUCAAUUUUACGCCAUUUGCUUAAUCCGGCUAAGGCCCUUAUUCCUGUUUUCUGGACUAAAACCUGAGAUUCCCACUAAGGAGGCCUGGUUACGAAGGGUGGAGGAUAUACAGGCAGCUUAGGAAACGCAUGCCUCUCUGCUCGGUACGGGUUCCAGACAUGCUGAGGCUUGGCAGCCGUGGUUUAUCUGUGGCGCGUGAUUUAUAAUGCUUGUAUUAGUGGGAGACGUGGGGGUCACAUGAGGGCGCCCGCCCACCCGGACACAGGAAUCCUCUUCUCCUUUCUUCUUACAUUAUCUCUAUUUACGUUGCUCUCUUUCUCCAAUCUUAUUCUCAUGACCAAUGCAGGGAAGGAUUGACACUCCCUCCUAAUAUUUAUAUCAGCCUAACUAGCAUGGUAAAGGUGAACUCUGGCAGACGCUACUGCUGGGGCGUUCUUGGCGCAUCAUGCUUUACAAUGUAAACUGUACAACGUAGAAUUCCAUACAAAACUCAUAAAAACGCUUGGAGAUGGGAGUAACAUGAUAGUUACUGCAGUCUUCUUGUUCCUAAACUCUUGGUAGGAAAGCGUAACUGGAUUGACUAGAAAAUCAAAUGUGUAACGUAAUAAUUGUUUCAUAAUUUUUAUAAAAAGUUUUGACUGUUGCUUUGAGGCGAUGCAUGCGCGGUUUCAUAUUUUAGUGCAAAUUUCAGAUAUUGAAUGAUGAUGACAGGGGGCUUGAAGGGGAUUCUCUUUGCUCCUUUUCUCUUCGUCUACUUAUCUCUUGUAUAUCUUUCUUCGCUGUCCUCUCUCGCAGGCCUCACUACUAUGAUAAUUGAUGGGAAGGACUGAACUUCACAAACCGCACAGGAUACAUUAUAGUACCAAAGGCAGAUGCAGACAAAAGUUACUACUGGGGAAUGCUCUGCAUCUCAUGUUACCAUUAUAUUUUGCCUCUGGAAAAACAGCCCGCAGUUAUGGAACGCCUGACAAGAUGUGUAUUUGUGUAUUAUCUGCAUAUAUGUAUAGAGUGAGGCCAGCGUGCCUACAGUUCUUCCUUCUUCAUAUCUUCCUUCUUCUUCCUUCUUCAUAACUCAGUAAAAAGAUUUCAACAACAAAUAUAUAUUUGAUUUAUUUGAGGUUAGACUGAUAGAAAUAUUAUAGGCAAAUGUAUAAAAUUAAGAAAUAGAAAAUGUAAUUAGGGAAGUGGAAACGAUAGAAUGAAGAAAGAAAAAUUUAACAUAACAAUGGAAGAGAAUACUCGGGGGAUGUCUGUGAAGUAUUAGAUACAUAAUUCUAUAUACCUUGAAUGCCAAGAUAUUUGCAUGGCUAGAUAUGUUUUAUUUUAUUGCAAAAGUUUCUUGGGAAUUGCAGUUAAAUAGUUUAUAGUUGCUCAUUCUUAAAGCCCCUUUCUUUAUUUGUAUUCUCAGUGUCAGUCAUUUUCGGUAUUCCCACAGUGAAGAGGGACAAACAGAGCUACUUGAUGGACACAUUGGGUUCCCUUUUCUCAGAAUUGUCUGCAGAAGAAAAAGAGGACUGUGUGGUGGUGGUAUUUAUAGCCGAGGUAAGCAAUGAAAUAUUUGACCACAGCUUAUUAUGGGAUUGGCGUUCCAUACUCCUCAAUACUCAGGGAAGGUUGACCAUGCCCAGUCCAACCAACUGGCCCAAUUAUGUUUAGUAGGGUCCUUGUCACCUGACGUUAACUGUUUAGAAUGCACACUGCCUUCAUGACAAGAACAUAUACAUUGCAAAGGGGCAUGUAAUUAUGAAAUGUUUGUUUUUCUUGGGCAUGCUUACUAAAUUAUAUGUGCAAAUUAUUGUAAUUAUUCUGUAUGAGAUUUUUGCCUAAUAUAUUCCACAAAGUUAUUGUUGAUGCAGGGACUACUUUCUAAUUUGUUUAUUCUUUCUCACGGCGUGGGGGAGAUGAAUUAUUUUAAUACACUUUAUGUGAUAAGAUCUUCUCCUUUAAAAAUGUAUACAUGGUUUUUCACCACCAUAUACAGACUACUGACUUUGAGCAAUUUGUAAUUGGUUUAGUUUGAAUUACUUUAAGGAAACUAUCAAAACUUCACUUGUUUGUCCAUUAUUGGAUUUGUGUUCUAAUAUUCUGUCUUAUAACUGUAUAAUAAAUUUAAAAAAAAUCUGAAAAUAUAUAUUAUUUUUACGUUGAUUUAAUUUUCACACACAUAUACAUAUAUAUAUAUAUGUAUAUGUGUGUGUGUGUGUGUGUGUAUAUAAUGUGUGUGUAUAUAUAUGUUUAUUUUUAUUUUUUUUCCUAAAAAUCUCUAUUCCUGUCACAUAAGUUGUGUCUACUUUAAUUUAGGAUCUGUUAUUGGGGUGUGGGCAUUCCAGAGAAUGGUUUGUCUGGUUUUCUCAAGUAAUUUCUAUAGACAUUAUAUUUCAAAACUAUAUUGGUUUUAAAUGUGUAUUUAAAACCGUAUCUCCUCCUCGUGAAUAAAUACUGAUGUUUGUACUGGAUGAUUUGCAUCACUGCACCUGUCUUUUAAGAAAUCUGUGUGUACUUAAAGUUCUUACACAGUGCAUAGCUGACAUUAUUAUUUUUUUCCAAUGAGAGCUAAAUUGACAGUCCAACUUGGGGACCUUGCAACUGAUUGAACCCACAUAUGCCAUACAUGGUGUGCAUGGGAAUGCUUAAGGGCAUAAAUAAACUUCUCAUUCUAAAUUAUAAUAAACAUUGUCUCAUUGUUGGAAGAUGAGAAAUACAUUAACACUCAUCUUCCAACAAGUAGACUGGAUAAUGCAUGUCUAGAUUUCACUGCUCUCAUAAAAAUUAAUUUUAGAGUGAAUCUUUAAGGUCCAACAGCAAAACUAUUGAUAUUCCCUUUUUAGUUAUGAAAAUAAAUGGUGUGGAUCUUUGUGUUCUAAUUUAUUCUGAACACCGGAAGCCAAGCUUAAAUCAGUUGGAUUUCAUGGGGUCGGUGUUCUAGAAACUGAAAUGGGCACAGUGGAUGGCUUUAAAAGUUUUAGAACAUCCUUUGCUUUGAUUCUGGAAUACUAUUUCUUAACUUAUUUAUCAACAAAGCAUAGAUGAGCACCAAAUAAACAGUUAUUAUUAUAAUUAUUAUUAAUUAUCAAAUUAUCAAAUUCCGCAGCGCUUUACAAUGGGUGGACAAACAGACAUGUAGUUGUAACCAGACAAGUUGGACACACAGGAACAGAGGGGUUGAGGGCCCUGCUCAAUGAGCUUACAUGCUAGAGGGAGUGGGGUAAAAUGACACAAAAUGGUAAGGAUAGUAUUAGACUAGUGACAGUUGCAGAAGAGGAAUCAGUCAGGAGCUAUUAACAGUUUAAUUGAUAUGCUUUUAUGAAGAAGUGGGUUUUUAACGAUUUUUUUUUAAGGAGUGGAGACCGGGUGAGCAUCUAACGGAGGAGGGAAGCGAGUUCCACAGGAACGGUGCAGCCCUUGAGAAAUCUUAAAGGCGAGCAUCAGAGGUGGGGGUACGGACAGAAGAUAGAAGUAAGUCUUCAGCAGAUCGUAAGGGCCUAGACGGGACAUAGUGUAUAAGGGAGGAUAGAUAGGUGGGAGCAGCAUUAUGUAGAGAUUUGAAAACAAGAACCAGAAUUUUAAAUUGAGCUCUAUAUUUUAUAGGAAGCCAAUGUAGGGACUGACAGAAGGGUGAGGCAUGGGAGGUGUGGGCGGACAGGAAGAUGAGCCUCGCCGCCGCCUUCAUUAUGGACUGUAACGGCGCAGGUUGGGAGCACGUAAGACCACUGAGAAGCGGAUUACAGUAGUCAAGGCGAGAAAGGACAGUGGAAUGGACCAACACCUUAGUCGCAUCUGGCGUUAAGUAGGGGCGGAUGCGCGCAAUGUUUUUGAGAUGGAAAUGACAGGAUUUGGCGAUAGAUUGAACAUGAGGCUUGAAGGAGAGGUCGCAGUCAAAGAGAACACCUAGGCAGUGAGCCUGCGUGGUGGAGCUGAUGGUAGCACCGUUGACUUGGAGGGAGACAGACACAGGAGUAACAACACUUGAGGGAGAAAAGACCAGAAUUUCAGUUUUGGUCAAGUUUAGUUUAAGGAAGUGGACAGCCAUCCAGUUAGAAACAGCAGAGAGGCAGUCGGAGACACUAGUCAAGAGGGACGGGGAGAGAUCAGGAGAGGACAGGUAGAUUUGCGUGUCAUCUACAUAGAAAUUAGAUUGGAAGCCAAAUGAGCUAAUGAGUUUACCGAAACACGGAAAGAGCGCUGGGAGUGAACUGUAGUUCACAAAUGAACUCUCUCAAGGGCCUUUCUCAUAUACAGGGAUAUUUACAUUGUUGUUGAAUAUGUGAGGUCAUGGGGAUCCAGAUUCUGUUGGGACUUUUGUACUCCUUCCCAUGAAGCUUGACUUAUUAGAACAAUAAUGGUAAUUAAUGUAAAAAUGUUGAAACAGAGCUUGCUAAUAUGUAAAUAAUUCCUGUUGUUGAAUCUUACAUCAUCUUUUGUGCUUGUUUUCACUCAUUGUUUGGUUUCUCAAACCAUUUUGCACGUACAGCAUCUCAUGAAAAAUGUACUUUUAUUGCAGAUUAAUUUACAGUAUGUGGAAGAUCUUGCUUAUCGCAUAAAAGAAAGGUACACAUUGUAUUUUAUCUGACUUUUUUUGUGUAAUCAAAAUAAGUUUUACAAUUUGCCAACAUCACAGUCUGCUCCUACACAUGCUCUACCAGCAUGGAAACUUCUAAAUUAUUGUCACCUGGGAUGCAUUGAACUGCAACAGUAGUAAUUCCUACCAAAACCUUAGGUUCAAUAAUUUGGUUGGGUACUUCUUAAGAUGGAAAGGCUAUAAUUAAUUAAAGGCUAGCUGUUGAUGUGUUUUAAUGAUGGUCUUAGAGUGGCAUGGAGGUUACUUGGCAAUCCUCAAUCAAUCUUAUGUAAACUUGGAAUGCAAUGGGAAAUUGGUAGUUGGCUUUUCCAAUGAGACUCGCCUUCAAAAGUAAAUCUGAACAAAACCCAAAACAAGCAAACUACAAGUGACUCAAGGCACAUUUUUGUGAAGGUUGGCUACUUGGCACAAUGAUUUGUCACAGAAGGUAAAAUAACCCAUAGCUGCUGUCCAUAGGGUUUCUAUUAGGGUUUGAUCUUGAAGGGUAAAAAAGGGAGGCUAAUAAAAGAUGAUAUAAAGGAUAUAAUAAAUAGUCCGGUUCAGAAUUUGGUGAUCUCGGUUAGAGAUCCCAUAUUUUAAAUUAAUGUCUAUUGUUUUCUCUGGUUCAUAAAAAGUGUUUGUUCUUUCAACUGAGCAUCUGACAUUCUUUUUAUUUUGAUAAUUAUAUAUUUUAUGCAGUUAUAGUAGAAAAGGAUGAUACACAACUUUGCUCCACAAUCUGAUGCAUUUGAAAGAUAAGCCAGGUGGAUGGAUGUUUUUUUUUUUUUUUAAAAAUGUUUAUUUUUAUUCUGCUUUAAGUGACAUAACAUACAAGCUCUUGGUGCCCCAAUAGCAUUCCUCGAGCACAUUUUCAAGCGAAACAGUUGGAACAUUAGGAUUUUCAGCACAUUUUUUAAACGUUAGAGUAAUAUUGAUUAGAUCAGGUUAUUGGUAAAUGUAGGUCACAAUAGCAAGAGUUGUGGGUACAAGAGGUUAAUAUACAUGACUGACCUAGGUUAGUAACAUGCAAAGUACUUUGCCAGUGUAUCUGUCUUAUGAGGCAAGUGCUUAUUAGUAUAUGCAUGAUAGGCAGGCUCAACUGUGGGUCUAGGCAUAUAAUCUAAGUCUACCAUAAGUGUAAGAAGAGAUGAGAUGCUUAGGGUUGCAGUAUGGCUGGCUAAGCGUGUAAAACAUAUAAAAGUAAAACAAAUAAAGGUUACUGGCAGAUUGCACAGCGCGUAAGUCAAUAGAGGGGGAGAUCGAUAGAUGAAUGGUUAUUUAUAAAUUGGUCAACUUAGGCCUCAUUAAUAUAAAUGUGUUUAUGUAAAUAUUUGUUUUUAUGCAGAAAAACAGUACAUGCAAACAUGUAGAAACUGUUGUUAUAUGUGCUUUAAUGGGGAAAACAAAUUUAAAAUGCUAACACGGCCAGACAAUGGACAACUUGUUCAGGAGUAACUCUCACAUUGCUGGCCAUUUCUCCAGAUACCUUAGCAAAAAUGUUUAGGGGUAUUCACCAAAGUAAGUUUCAAAUGAUGAAGCCAACAAAACUAAAUUGUAAAAGCUCUGUUUUCUGUGUUGGACUAAAGUCUGAAAUUCACUUUGAAACUCUUGACAAUUCUCACUCUAGUGAAGCCCAUUUCAGGUUUAAAUUGUACUGGAAAUGAGUCCUUUUAAACAGUUCAUUUGUUUUUUUUUUGUUUUUGUUUUUCUGCGCUUAUGUCUGUUCAUCCUGGAAAUAUAAAUAUUACAUUUUCUACUUACAGUUUUCCUCGUGAAAUACAGUCUGGUGUCCUUGAGGUCAUUUCUCCGCCAGCAUCUUAUUACCCAGAUUUAAACAAUAUUAAGGAAACCUUUGGUGACUCCAAAGAGAGAGUGAGGUACUGUAUAGCAGUCUGA